CGAGUCCCGAACGCCUUCAUUCGAAGCUGUAAAGCCACAGACGAGCGACGUCCCGAACUUUGUUUUUUUAUUUUUCGUUUUCCGUGGUCCAGCGCAUGAAAUUCAGCGAAAAUGACUUGAAACCCGGCUGCGUCUGAGUUUUUUCGUACGCUGCAAAGAGACAGAAUAAAAAUAAAUUUGUUUUCUGGUCGGCUCCCAACUGGUCGGCCAGCUGAAUCGAGUAGCGGCGGGACUCAAUCCCUGCCCACAGUGCUAUCGUGAACGUGUUAAUUUUUCGCUACUAAUUCUAUUUUUCGUUAAUUUUUUCUUGUGUGUGCGCGCCUCAUACUAAUCUCAAAAUGCAUCGUCAACAACAACAGCAACAGCUUCAACAACAGCAACAACAACAACAGAUAACAACAACUCAACAACAGACUCAACAGCAGGUGACCCAGCAGAGAACUGUCACCACACGACAACAACAGUUUGUGCAACAACAGCAUGUGCAAGGCAUGGUGGUGCAACAGACAUCAGGGCAACAACAGUUUUCGCUACCACCCGGUGUUUCUCCCCCAGUAUUUGAACAGAUAUUCAGGAAUGCUCGCUUCGCUCAGGGCGGAAACGCUCUGUUCGAAGGGAGAGUGGUUGGUAAUCCGAAGCCUGUCGUCUCAUGGACUCGGAAGGGUGCGCCCUUAUUCGAAUCGAACAAAGCGAAGAUGAAAUAUGACCAACAAACUGGAAACGUAUCACUAUUGAUAAAUAGUAUCGGACCAGGAGAUGAGGGCGAAUACACCUGUUUAGCAAGAAACCAAUAUGGAGAGGCAGUAUGCUCAGUUUACAUUCAGCCUGAAGGUAUGCAAAUGCCUGUGCCACGCCCACAAAUAGAAAGCACACAACAGUUCAUUCGAUCCGAGAAAACAACAUACUCGAAUGGAUUCACCACCAUUGAGGAGGACUUCAAAGUAGACACUUUCGAAUACCGUCUUCUGCGCGAGGUGUCGUUCCGCGAAUCUCUGAUCAGAAACUACUUGCACGAGGCGGACAUGCAGAUGUCGACGGUGGUGGACCGAGCACUGGGUCCCCCCUCGGCGCCACACAUCCAGCAGAAGCCGCGCAACUCAAAAAUCCAGGAGGGCGGCGAUGCCGUCUUCUCCAUCAAGCUCAGCGCCAACCCCAAGCCUCGGCUGGUCUGGUUCAAGAACGGUCAGCGCAUCGGUCAGACGCAGAAACACCAGGCCUCCUACUCCAAUCAGACCGCCACGCUCAAGGUCAACAAAGUCAGCGCCCAAGACUCCGGCCACUACACGCUGCUUGCUGAAAAUCCGCAAGGAUGUACUGUGUCCUCAGCUUACCUAGCUGUCGAAUCAGCUGGCACUCAAGAUACAGGAUACAGUGAGCAAUACAGCAGACAAGAGGUGGAGACGACAGAGGCGGUGGACAGCAGCAAGAUGCUGGCACCGAACUUUGUUCGCGUGCCGGCCGAUCGCGACGCGAGCGAAGGCAAGAUGACGCGGUUUGACUGCCGCGUGACGGGCCGACCCUACCCGGACGUGGCCUGGUUCAUCAACGGCCAACAGGUGGCUGACGACGCCACGCACAAGAUCCUCGUCAACGAGUCUGGCAACCACUCGCUCAUGAUCACCGGCGUCACUCGCUUGGACCACGGAGUGGUCGGCUGUAUUGCCCGCAACAAGGCUGGCGAAACCUCAUUCCAGUGCAACUUGAAUGUGAUCGAGAAAGAACUGGUUGUGGCGCCGAAAUUUGUGGAGAGAUUCGCACAAGUGAAUGUGAAGGAGGGCGAGCCGGUUGUGCUGAGCGCACGCGCUGUCGGCACACCUGUUCCAAGAAUAACAUGGCAGAAGGACGGCGCCCCGAUCCAGUCGGGACCGAGCGUGAGUCUGUUUGUGGACGGAGGUGCGACCAGCCUGGACAUCCCGUACGCGAAGGCGUCGGACGCCGGCUGGUACCAAUGCACGGCACAGAACAUAGCCGGCUCCACGGCCACCCGAGCCAGGCUCCAUGUGCAGACCACCAAGCCCACUCAGCAGAUGGACCAGCGCCGGCUCAACCUGCCUAGACCCACCAAGGUCAUCGAACCUGAACUGCAGCCGGGUCCGGAAGUGAUCUAUCUCCGCCACGUGGAGCGCGCCAAGCCGCACACGCCUUGCCCGGAAGAAGACAAGAUCUAUCCGCCUCCCCAGUUCAUCGUGCCACUGAGGGACGUCGCACAGGUCGAGGGAGGCCGGAUCCACUACGAAGCGCGAAUCGAGCCGGUCGGGGACCCCAGCAUGCGCGUCGACUGGUACCACAACGGGCGUCCUCUACCAGCUAGUUCACGACUAACUACGACUUUCCGAUUUGGAUUUAUUGCACUCGACCUGCUCAGUAUUGUUGUUGAGGACAGUGGCGAGUACGUUUGCCAGGUCACCAGCAACUCAGGAACUGCCGAAUCCAGAGCUAUGCUCAGCAUCACUGCACGAGCAUCAAUCGAACAGACGAGCCAACACCCAGACAGCCUGCAGUAUCUGUCGCAGCUGGAGGAUUACAGCAAGUACCAGCGCACAGAAAGUGUGGAAGAAACAAGUGCUCAGAAGCCAGCGUUCAUCCGUCCACUCCACGACCUGGGCCAGCUGCAGGAGGGCCGCAACGCCCACUUCGAGGGCCAACUCACCCCUGUCAGCGACCCCACCAUGAAGGUGGAGUGGUACAAGGAUGGCCGACACAUCACCGCCAGCUCCCGGAUCUCCACCAUCUUCAACUUCGGCUAUGUCUCUCUCAAUAUAAUGCACCUACGGGCUGAAGAUAGUGGAUCCUACACCGUACGAGCUGUCAACCGUCUGGGCGAGGCCAUCUCUACAUCGAAUCUGUCUGUUAUCGUGCGCAGCGGUGUCACCGGUGACCUGGGAAUUCCCGAACAGCAGCGCUACAUCGACAAAGUCGAACAGCUGGAAGCACAUCAGAUGCAGCAGCAGUACAAGACCUACGCCGAACCACCAGAGAGUACUUCUCCUCCAGUGUUCAAGACACCCAUCAAGGACCAGCAGAACAUCAAAGAGGGUGGAUUCGCUCACUUCGAGGCUAGACUCGAGCCGAUCGGCGACUCCAACCUCAAGGUUGAGUGGCUCAAGGAUGGCAGACCUGUCGAAGCGAGCUCUCGCAUCACAUCUUUCUUCAACUUCGGCUAUGUUGCGUUGACAAUCAAGUACGUGACCAUCCAUGACAGAGGUGUGUACACGUGCCGCGCCACCAACCAGCUGGGCCAGGCCGACACCAGUGCCAACCUCACCGUGCAGAGCAGGCAGGACAUCAUCAGUGACAGCCAACAUCCUAGUGGCUUGCACAAGAUACAAACACUCGAGGACUCUACACGCUAUAACCGCAUGACACAAGCUGACCAGAUCAUCAACACUAAGCCUAGGUUUUUAGGACCUCUGAAAGGUACUAACAAGAUCGUGGAAGGCCAAAGAGCUCAUUUCGAAGUUAGAGUUGAACCGCUCAACGACUCAACCAUGAAGAUCGAAUGGUAUUUCAACGGAAAACUGCUACAGUUGGCCAACAGAAUUCAGACAUACCAUGACUUUGGAUAUGUAGCUCUUGACAUUCUGAGUGUCCGCUCGGAGGAUGCAGGCCAGUACACUGUUGUGGCCAGAAACUCUCUUGGUGAAGCUCAAAUCUCAACUACUAUGCAGGUCGAAACUCGAGCCAGUAUUGAUACUAGCUCAAUGCACCGCGGUACUUAUGAAAAAACACAGCGGCUUGAAGAUUCAAAAUUUACAGAGCCACAAUAUUACAUUGAAGAAUUGUGCAAAUCGAAACCAAUUUUCGUUCAACCGUUAUCUGAACCGAAGCCUCUAUCUGAGGGCAAGAAUGUACAUCUGGAAGCUCGUCUUGAGCCAAUGGGAGAUCCAACCAUGCGAGUCGAAUGGUUCCACAAUGGACGUCCAGUUACUGUUGGUUCCCGCUUCAGAACUUACCAUGACUUUGGAUUUGUAGCUUUGGACAUAGUCCAUGUAACCGUAUUAGAUACUGGAGAAUAUACUUGCAGAGCUACAAACCAGUUGGGCUCUGCUCAUACAUCAGCUAUGGUCAGGGUAAUUGGCAGAGCUGAUAUCAGCACUGACACAAUGAACGAGUCUUCAUUGGAGCAAAUCCAAUUUCUUGAGGAUUCAUCUCGCUACUCAAGACAGCAGGCUGAAGAUGUGACCGUCAUUCAAGCGCCACAGUUCACACGACCUCUUCAUAACCUUGAAACUGUUGAAGGCACAAACAUCCAUCUUGAAUGCCGCCUGCAACCAGUCGGCGACUCGUCCAUGAGGGUCGAAUGGUUUGUCAAUGGCAAACCCAUCAAGACAGGUCACAGAUUCAGACCAGCCUACGAUUUCGACUAUGUUGCACUUGACUUGCUCAGCGUCUACCCAGAAGACUCUGGUGUUUACACGUGCCAGGCUCGCAACCAGCUGGGAGAAGCAGUCACAUCAUGCUCUGUCAAAGUAAUUGCCAAACGAGAUCUGUUACUGGACAGCCAGCAUGCCAGCAGUCUGGAGAAAAUCCAGUACCUGGAAGACUCUUCAAGGUACAAGAAGCAAGAGUUCAUCGAUGAAGUUGUCACCGUCAAGCCAAGAUUCAUCACAAAACCGAAAAGCCUGGAGAACAUGAGGGAAGGACAGCAUGCCCACUUCGAAUGCAAGCUGGAACCUGUUACUGACUCCAAUUUGAAGGUUGAAUGGUAUAAGGAUGGUCGUCCUGUUACUGUAGGACACCGUUUCAGACCAAUUCACGACUUUGGCUACGUUGCUCUGGACAUAGUCGAUUUGAUUGCUGAGGACUCAGGUGUCUACACGUGCCGUGCUGUCAACGUGGUCGGCGCUGAUGAGACCAACUGCAAGCUGACUUGCCGAGGCUCAGCACAAAUUCUGACAACCACACAGAACGAGACCGGUCUGGAGCAGAUUCAGUACCUGGAAGACAGGUCGCGCUACCAGCGAUCCGAGUACAUCGAGGAGACCACCACCCAGGUACCCGUGUUCACCACUUCGCUCAAGGACUGCAACAUUAAGGAGGGACAGAGAGCGCACUUCGAGUGUCGUCUCAUCCCCGUCUCCGACACCACCAUGAAGGUGGAAUGGUUCCACAACAACGUGCCUGUCAAGUCAGGCUCUCGCUUCACCGAAACAAACAGCUUCGGUUUCGUGGCACUCGACAUCCUGCACUGUCUCCCAGAAGACUCAGGAACCUACACUUGCCGAGCGAAGAACAUCGUCGGCGAGGCUACCUCGAAAGCAUCCCUUAACGUGCAAUCUAGAAAGUCAAUCUAUUCAGAGACCCAGAACGAGGCAGCUCUCAGCCAACUGGCUCAUCUUGAGGACUCUUCACGCUACCAGAGAACCUCGCAGGUUGAGGAGACUGUGAACCAGGCGCCUGUUUUCACUCAGCCCAUGAAGGACAUCACAUUGGCUGAGAAUCAGGCGGCCCACUUUGAGGCAAGACUCAUUCCUGUUGGAGACUCCAGGCUCAGAGUCGAGUGGCUCAGAAAUGGAGUACCGAUCUCUGCUUCUAACCGAGUAACAACAAUGCACGACUUCGGAUACGUUGCCCUCAACAUGAAAUACGUGUAUCCUGAAGACUCUGGCACCUACACUUGUCGUGCUGUCAACGAUCUUGGCGAAGCUGUCACAUCAGCUGUCAUGAUCGUCAAAUCUAAGGAAUCGUUGAUGUUCGAAACACAGCAUGAGGGAGCUCUCCAGAAGUUGCAAGCUCUGGAAGAUACAUCCCGCUUCAAGAGGAAGGAAGAAGAGGAAGUUGUUGCCAAACAGGCACCGAAAUUCACUGUUCAACUGAAUGGACCAACCAACCUGGUUGAAGGCCACAGUGCUCACUAUGAAUGCCGAAUUGAGCCCUAUCCGGAUUCUUCUCUCAAAGUGGAAUGGUUCCACAAUGGCAAACCUCUGCAGUCCGGUCAUCGUUUCCGUACAACUUACGACUUUGGAUUUGCCUCUUUGGAUGUCCUCAACGUCUAUGCUGAGGACUCUGGCGAAUACACAUGCAAAGCGACCAACAGGCUAGGACAAGCUAGCUCUUCAAUCAAACUCAAUGUCAAAUCUCGUGCCUCGAUCCUCACUGAAACACAGCAUGAAGGAGCUCUGCAGAAGAUUCGUCAUCUGGAAGACGACUCAAGAUACAAGAAGGUGGCUGAGGAAGAUCGGUUGGUUUUGGAGAAGCCGCAAUUCGGUCGGCCAUUGAAGAACGUUGAACACGUGCUGGAAGGCCACAGCGCUCACCUGGAAGCCACCCUCACUCCGGUCAAUGAUCCCACCAUGAAGGUCGAAUGGUUCUGCAAUGGACGUCCCAUCAAGCAGGGACACAGAUUCAAAACCACUUACGACUUUGGAUUCGUCGCCUUGGAUAUUCUGUAUGGAUAUCCUGAAGAUUCCGGCACCUAUAUGUGCAAGGCUCAGAACGCAGUUGGUGAAGCAGUCACUACUUGCUCUGUUAGCUUCGACUCCAAGGCUGGUCUACAGUUGGAUACUCUGGACGAGCAGAGACUGAAGAAGAUUCGUGACCUGGAAAAUGUGGAUAGACCACGAAAGGAAGAAAUCGAAAAGGAGUUUGGAAAGCCUGUUUUCUUGACUCCAUUGAGCAACCUGGAAGGCCUAAAGGAAGGUGACCAUGCCCACCUGGAGUGCCGAGUGGAGCCGAUCAACGACCCGAACCUGCGCAUCGAGUGGUUCGUGAACGGAGUGGCGAUCCGCGCCGGCCAUCGCUUCCGCACCACGCAUGACUUCGGGUACGUGGCACUGGACGUGCUCUACACGUGGGGCGAGGACACCGGCACCUACAUGUGCAAGGCCACCAACCUCAAGGGCGAAGCCGUCAACUCGUGCAACAUCGGCGUCAAGUCAAAGCAGAGCGUCUACCUCGAGACGCAGCACCCGGCCGGCCUGGAGAAGAUUCAGGAGCUCGAGGCUCAGGGCCACCCCGCCAAGCUCGAGAUACAGGAGCCCAUUCCGACUGUGCCCCGUUUCAUCACCGAGCUCAGAGGCACGACCGAUCUGUUUGAAGGUCAAACAGCCCACUUCGAAUGUCAAGUGGAGCCUCUGCACGACCCCAAUCUGCGCAUAGAGUUCUACCACAACGGCAAGCCACUGCCAUCCGCCUCCAGAUUCCACAUCACAUUCGACUUCGGCUACGUGGCUCUGGACAUCACCCACCUGGUGCCUGAGGACGCCGGCGAAUACACCGUCAAGGCAAUCAACAAACUGGGCCAAUGUGCAUCCUCCAUCCGACUCAACGUCACGGCAAAGAGCGGAAUCGUCCUGGAGUCUCAACGCCCUGAAGGUCUGGAGAAGAUAAGGAAACUGGAGGAGACUUCACCCUUCCAGCGCCCUGAUGUACCCGAGGCGGUCACAAGGCAGAGACCCGUGUUCACCCAGCCUCUGCAGAACAUCGAUAACAUCGCUGAGGGCCAGACAGCUCACUUCGAGUGUCGCCUCAUCCCUGUCGGUGAUCCCACCCUCAAGGUUGAGUGGUUCCGCAAUGAGAAGCCGCUGGAGACCAGCUCGCGUAUCACAAAGACUCACGAUUUCGGUUUCGUUUCGAUGGACAUCAGCCAUCUUCGUGGCGAGGAUGAGGGUGUCUACAUGUGUCGUGCAUCCAACGCACUCGGCGAGGCUGUUACUACUGCUUCUGUCCGCAUUAAGACUAAAGCCAGUAUCCAAUUGGAAACCCAACAUCCAGAAGGCAUGAAGAAAAUACAGGAGCUUGAAGGUAAAGGACCGGCUCCAAGACCUGAAAUUCCAGACCGAGUUUUCGAGAAACCUAUCUUCACUCAGCUGCUCACUGGCCCUUCAGAGCUUUGGGAAGGCCAACAUGCUCACUUUGAAUGCCGUGUUGUGCCUGUGGGUGACCCCACCAUGAAACUCGAGUGGUUUGUCAAUGGGGUUGAACUCAAGAUGGGAUCUCGUUUCCGCACUACCCAUGAUUUUGGAUUUGUCACCCUGGACAUUGCUAAAACUGUGCCUGAAGACUCUGGCGUGUACAUGUGCAAGGCCAUCAAUAGUGCUGGGGAGGCUGUUUCAUCAACAGCUCUCAAGGUCAAAUCGAAAUCGUCAAUUGCUGGUGACUCCCUGCAGCCCGAUGCUUGGCAGAAGAUUCAGCUGAAGGAGGCUGAAAUGAACAAAGUGCCACCAGCGUUUGUGGACACAGCUCCUCAGCAGGCUCCAGUCUUCACACGCCAUCUCGACAACAAGGACAAACUGGUAGAAGGCCAGCAUGUCUACUGACAAUUAAAGUUGAAGGUGAGCAGCAAUUUUAUUGAUCAUAAACAUUGGCUGCAAUCUCAAGCUCUCCGACCAGAUGCUUUGCCUCUCAUUGAAGACCUUGAAAAACCGAAGGAGGCUCAAGCUCCCUUGCCAGAACCAGUGUUCGAGGGACCUGUCUUCAUUUCGCAUCUGAACAACAUCGAGUGCAAGGAAGGAGACAAUGUUCACUUCGAGUGUCAAGUUGAGCCAUCCAAGGAUCCUACUAUGAAGAUCGAAUGGAUGGUGAACGGCAAGCCAAUUCCGUCCGGCUCCAGAUUCAAGUCGACCUACGACUUUGGCCUGGUGACGCUGGACAUCAUGCACACCUACGCCGAGGACUCGGGCGUCUACAGCGUGAAGGCGACCAACAGCAAGGGUCAGGCGUCCACAUCUGGAUCGCUGCGUUGCACGAGCAAGAAGGACAUCUACCUGGACACACAGCACCCGCAGGGACAGGCCGGUCUGGAUCGGGUGCAGGAAGUGGAGGAUGCUUUCGCAUCCAAGUCGCAGCGACCACCCGACGCUCCCGAAACCGACUUCCCCAAGCCGGUGUUCACAGUUCCACUGCAGGCGCAGUUCAACCUGGCCGAAGCUCAGCCUCUGCACCUCGAGGCGCAGGUCGAACCCAAGACCGACCCCAAGCUCAAGGUCGAGUGGUACUUCAACGGAAAACUGCUCGAACAUGGAUCUCGCAUCAAGAUGACCAGCGACUUUGGCUUCGUGACCCUUGACAUAACGGAGGUGUACGAUCGUGACCAGGGUGUCUACACAUGCAAGGCGUACAACCUGGCCGGCGAGGCAUUCACCUCAACCACCAUCUACUGCACAUCGAAGGAGGGUCUCAUUGAGAAGACCCAGCACCCCAAGGGUGAGGCUGGUCUCGAGAAGAUCCAGACCCUCGAGGAGGCGCUCAGACGUCAAGAGCCGGGUGCUCCUGAUGUCGAAGAUGGCCGGGCUCCAGAGUUCACUAAACAAUUCCAGAACUUGAGCAACAUGAGCGAAGGUGAAAUCGCUCACUUUGAAGCUUCCUUGACACCAGUCGGUGAUCAGACAAUGGUUGUCGAAUGGUUCUACAACGGAAAACAGUUGGAAGCAAGUGAGUUCAUUUAUAAAAUUCUAUAUACAAAGUGGCUUUCCAAAAUUGUUUCAAUUUCUAAAUUUAGAUUCAUUGAAUUACUUUAUUUUGUAUGUGAACAGAGCAUAGACGGUCUGAAAGACGGCGAUUCUGCUCACUUUGAGUGCACUCUCAUCCCAGUCGACGAUCCAAAUCUGAAAGUGGAAUGGUUCCACAAUGGCCAGGCAAUAAGGCAGUCGUCCCGAAUCAAGACAGUGUCAGACUUUGGAUUUGUAGUGAUGGAUAUCGCCUACACCCAGGGCCAUGACACUGGCGAGUACAUCUGCAAAGCCAGCAACAAGUACGGCGAGGACUUCACGAAGGCGACCAUCAAGUGCCAGGGUCGCGGAGGCGUCUACCUGGACAGCCUGCAACCGGAGGCGUUGGCUCGCAUCCGCGAGCUAGAAAGCCAGGGAGCCAAGACAACCACUCCCACCACCCCGACAGCCGAGCCGCCCCGCUUCAUCACGCAGAUCAAGGACGUGACACAGCUGAAGGAGGGCAUGAGUGCCCACUACGAGGCCCGCCUCACCCCCGUCGACGACCCCAACCUCACCGUCGAGUGGUUCUGCAACGGCAAGAAGCUGCCCACCGGCCACCGCUACCGCACCUUCCACGACUUCGGCAUCGUCAUCCUCGACAUCCUCUACUGCUACGAGGAGAACUCGGGCGAGUACGAGUGUCGCGCCGUCAACAAGCUCGGACAGGACUCCACCAAGGCCAUGCUCAAGUGUGUCUCCAAGGCUAAUCUCAUUCUGUCAUCACAACUGCCACAGGGAAUGGAGGGAGGUCUAGAGAAGAUCCAGAACCUGGAGGACGCGAUGCUGAAGACGCGCGACGAACGUGUGACGGAAGAGCGCGGCCAAGCGCCCGUGUUCACAGUGCCGCUGUCCAACAUAGACAGCCUGCGCGAGGGAGAGAACGCGCACUUCGAGGCGCGCCUCACCCCCACCGACGACCCCAAGCUCAAGGUCGAGUGGUUCUGGAACGGAAAGCCGCUCAGAACCGGCACCCGCUUCCGCACCUUCUGCGAUUUCGGAUUCGUCAUCCUCGAAAUAUCGCCCGUCUAUCCCGAGGACUCGGGAGAGUACUCUUGCCGAGCUUUCAACGAUUAUGGGCAAGCUGUAACCACUGCAUCCAUGAAAGUACAAGGAAAGAGAAGCAUCAUAAUGGACUCGCAACUGCCGAAGGGCAUGGAAGGCACGAUCGACAAGAUCGCUGAGCUGGAAGGCCUGGGCCGGACACCAGCGCCCCAGUCGCCCGAGGCGGACACCGGCAAGCCACCCGAGUUCAUCACGACGCCGGCCGACGUGGUCAUCGGCGAAAACCAAUUGGCACACUUCGAGUGCCGCCUCACGCCCGUCAACGAUUCGAGCAUGCGCGUAGAGUGGUUCCACAACGGAAAGCCGCUAUUCGCCGGAUCCCGCAUCAAGACCAUCAACGACUUCGGCUUUGUCAUCCUCGAAGUGGCCGGCUGCUAUCAGAGGGACUCUGGUCUCUACACGUGCAAGGCCACCAACAAGCACGGCGAAGCGACAGUUUCCUGCCAGUUGCAAGUGCGUGGCAGACAAGGAAUCAUCCUGGAACCUCAGCUGCCUUCCAAAUUCAGCUCUGGAACAGAAAGCAUCCAGAAACUGGAAGAAGCUCUCUACAAGAGAGAUGAAAUACUUCCAGAGGAAGAAAAACCAAAUCCACCACGGUUUAUUGUAGAAAUGAAGGAUGUGGAGGUUCAAGAAUCACAGAGCGCCCACUUCGACUGCAAGGUAGAGCCUGUGGGUGACUCAUCGAUGCGCAUCGACUGGUUCUUCAACGGACGUCCAUUCGCGACCGGAUCGCGCGUGCACAUGCUCAACGAUUUCGGCUUCAUUGUAUUGGACAUGGACUACACGUACGCGAGGGACUCGGGCGAGUACAUUUGCCGAGCGACCAACAAGUGGGGCACGGCAACGACCAAGGCCAAGCUGGUGUGCAAGGCCAAGCAUGACGUGGUGCUUGAGUCUCAGCUGCCAGCUGGCAUGAGCGGCGAGAAGCUCAAGGAGCUCGAGCGCGGACCCAUUGCCGACGCAAGGCCUGAGGAGAUGCUGCCAUCUGAACCACCUAAAUUCAUCACACAGAUUGAAUCAGCGACCGUAGGUGAAGCGGAACCUGUACACUUUGAGUGCCGCGUUGAGCCGAAGAAGGACCCAACUCUCCGCAUCGAGUGGUACAGGAAUGGCAAGCUGCUGGCCUGCGGACAUCGCUACAGGACUCUCUUCGAUUUGGGAUUCGUGUCGUUGGACAUUCUCUAUGUCUACCCUGAGGACUCUGGAGAGUACGUUUGCCGAGCCGUCAACAACUAUGGUGAAGAUUUCACAAAGGCCACAAUAUCUUGCAAGAUGUUGCCGACAAUCAUCCUCCAGAACCAAGUACCUAAGGGUAUGAAGAAGUCAGAAGCUCUGAUGCAAAUGGAAGCUGCUAUCAAGAAGUACACGUCUGAGGUUCAUCUCACAGAGGAAGAUCUGUACGAAGCUGAAAAGAAGCAGCCUCCGCGAUUCGUGACCCAAAUCGUCGACCAGACCACUUUGGUCGAAAUGCAGGCCACCAAGUUUGAAUGCCAGCUUGCUCCAGUCGGAGAUCCUAACAUGAAGGUCGAAUGGUUCUUCAAUGGCAAACCAUUGACGCACAAAAAUCGUUUCACACCGAUCUAUGACUUUGGAUACGUGGCCAUGAACUUCGGCUGGGUCUACCCAGAAGACAGUGGUGAAUAUCUGUGCAGAGCAACCAAUCUGUACGGCAUGGACGAGACUCGCGCUGUCAUCAAGACAGCCGGCAAACCUGGCAUUAUCUACGACUCUCAGCUACCCAAAGGAAUGAAGAGUAUUGAGAAGAUAAGAGAUCUAGAAGCUGCGUGGCAGCAUGUUCCCGAAGUUAGAGAUGAGCCCGAGAAGCCACGAGAGGCGCCAGUGUUUGUAAGCAAGCCGGAGCCAUUCACCGUUGAGGAGGGCGACUGGGCUCGCUUCUGUUGCCGUGUCACCGGAUUCCCACGACCCAGGGUCAUGUGGCUCAUCAAUGGACACACUGUUGUCAAUGGCAUGCGCUACAAACUUACAUACGAUGGAAUGUGGCAUUUGGAUAUCCCGAAGACAAGACAGUAUGAUCAUGGCAAGAUAGAAGUUGUGGCUCGCAACUCAGUCGGAGAGGCUAGAGUUGAAACUGUAUUAACUGUUAAGCCUAGACACGAUGAUUACCGCGGUGUUCUGAAGAAUUCGCCUAGACCUUGGUAUGACUCUGAAUUGAACCAGUACCAGCAAGAACGCCAGGAGAAUGAACUUGAAAAAGUAUUUGAAGAGAGGAAUGUGGCAACUCAACAGUCUGGCUACGAAGUUCCCGCUGAACAUGCCAAAACUAAAGUUGUCAAGGAACCAGAACCCGAAUGGACCAAGACAGUCAAGUCCAAAAAGAAUGAAGACUAUUACUCGAAAUUAAGAGAGCUCGAGGAAGGACAAAUUGUCAAGGAAAAUAGAUUGAGGGAAUCAUCUCACCAGUUCGCUAUUCCUGGCGAAAAGAUUGUGCAAAAGUCAGUUGCUCGUGGCAUGGCUGAUAGCUACGAGACCAAGUUGACUGAACCGGAACUAAUGCCAUGGCAGAAGCGCCAUCAAGUGCUGCAUCAUGUUGACAACAGAACAGGGGGAGUUCCACCGGAUCCAUCGCAAUCCUCUGUACAUGGAAAGGAAGUUCAUGUAGCCAAACAGAAGCAAACACAGAAAGAGGUUCGAGGAGAUACAGAAAUCACGAGAAACAUUACUGCCACUGAAACAACAGAAAUUGAACAUAAGGGAACGACACAGGAACGUGUGGUGCAAGGCAAAGUGACACCAUCAAAACCUCCAUUCUUCACAAAGAAGAUUCAGCCAUGCAGGGCUUUCGAACAGGAACAAGCAAGAUUCGAGGUAGAAUUCGACGGUGAUCCUAUCCCGAAAAUAUCCUGGUACAGGGAAGACUUUGCAAUCACCAAUUCACCAGACUUCCAAAUCCAUACUUUCAGCACCAAAUCGAUUUUGGUGAUUAGACAGGUGUUCAUGGAGGACUCAGGUGUGUUUGCGGCGGUGGCGGAGAACAGGGGGGGCAAGGCCAAGUGCAGUGCCAACCUGGUGGUGCAGGAGCGGCGGCAGGCGGGGCGGGGGGGCGUCGUGCCCCCCUCCUUCCUCAGCACGGUGCAGAGCGCCGUUGUCAACGCCGGCCAGCUGGCUCGCUUCGACGCCAAGAUCACCGCCACCAAGCCGCUCGACGUCUACUGGCUCAAGAACGGCAAGAAAAUCCAGCCAGAUGUGAGGUACAAAACGCUGGAGGAAGACAUGACGUACACGCUGAUGAUCAUUGAGACGGUGGCCGACGACUCGGCGCAAUACGAGUGUGUGGCUAUCAAUUCAGCGGGCGAAGCGCGCUGCGAGGCUCAGCUGAUUGUGCAGACGGCUGCCAAGCCCGGCCAGAAGGUCACUCAGGUCACACAGGCCAGCCAGAAGGACCAGGCUCCCGCCAUCAUUGAGCCGCUCAAAGAUCAGGCCAUCAGGGAGGGCCAGCCCGUCACUUUCAAGUGCAAAGUUACCGCAAAGCCAGCUCCUCAAAUAAAAUGGUUGAAAGCAGAUCAGCCCAUUAAACCGUCGAAAUACUUCCAAAUGCUGAAAGAGGGUGAUUUGUACUCAUUGAAGAUAUCCGAAGCAUUCCCUGAAGAUGAGGGAGUUUAUAAGUUCUUUGCUUCGAAUUCGGUUGGACAAGUGUCACUUUCUGCUAAUCUUAUCGUGCAAGCUCCUGACAGUCAGGAGGUGGCGCCGACAUUGAGCAAAAUGAAGGAUGUUAUUGUACCAGAAGGCAGCCCAGCUCAAUUCAGAACUCAAGUAACAGGAAAACCGAUUCCGAAAAUUGAUUGGUACAGAGAGGGCCUUCUCAUACCGCAGUCGCCUGACUUCCAGAUGAUACACGAAGGAAAUAAUGCAGUACUGUUGAUCGCUUCAACAUACGAAGAGGACUCCGGUGUAUUUACAUGCAAAGCAACCAAUUCAGCUGGCUCUGCCGAAACGUCCGCUAACCUCAUUGUACAAAAACACUCAGUUCAUGGACGUCAUUCCACAGUGAAAGUUAGUAAGGGAGGUAGCAAAAUUGUUUCGGAAUCACAAAGCAGAAUCAUUACCAAAAGUGAAUCCACUGACAAAUCAUCAUUAAAAAUGACUGAAGGAUCUAAUCGUGAUGAAGAACCAAAUGAUAUUAUUGAGGAAUUCCUUCCAUUGGGUGAUGAGAGCCUUCCUUGGAGGCAACCCAGAGAGAGGACCUCUAGAGCACCGUGGAGGAAAGGCGGUGAGGGGAGGGGUAGAUCAUUGGAUCAAAGAGGUAGAGCUCCAUGGAAGUCAACUAAGCCUCGUCAUAGAUCUCUUGACAAUCAAACACCAGACACUGAUCAACUUCAGUCUGAUCAACGUUCUGAUAUCAAACCAUGGACACAGGAGAAGGUGCAACUAAAAAAAUCAGUAACUGAGAAGAAAAAGAUAGAGAAAGAGAAACUGGAGACUGUACAACUAAAAGCAGUCAAAAAGUCACAGAAGAAUUCAGAUUUUGCUACAGACGAAGAAAUAUCAGAUCAACCUGGAAUUCAAAGCCGAAGAGACUCAGUUCCUUGGUCAAGGGAUCAAGUUCAAUUGAAGAAGGUCAAAGAAAUUAGAGAAGAUGGAUUGGAACAGCAGAACGUAAUCACGAGAAAGAAAUCAAAUAAUGACAUGAAAAUCCACUCCAGUGGAACAGGAGAAACAAGUUUGGAGAAUCUUACUGUUCGUGAAGAUUCAACCUCUCUGAAAAGAGAAGAGAAUCAAACGAGUAUUCUAAAGAGAGCUGAUAAUCGAUAUCAUGGAACCACUGAAGAGGUGGAAAAGAAGAAGAAAAUAAAUGACCUAGAGUUCAAGAAAAAGACACUGGAAGAGAAAAUAAAAACAAUAAAAUCAAAAGAGAAACAUCAUCAAGCUCACCUAAUAAGAAAACUACAGAAAGAAUAUGAUGAUAUAACAAGGGAAUUAUCGAAAGAGGAAAGAUUGGAAACAAUAGUAGCAAGUGAAGAUUCUACCUUGAUGCAAAUAGAGAUUAGAGAGACAUUAGAAGAGGCUUCCAGUAAACAACAAACAUCAGAGAAAGUAGAAGAAGUACAACAACGCCAAGCAGGUGUACCAUGGCAUAGAGGCAAAAAGAAGCCGAAGGAUAUUGUUCCAGAAGAGAAACCUAUUGAACAAUCAGUUCCCCAGAAGGUCGAGGAAGAUCAGGUUUACGACAAACCUAUUGAAGAAACAUCUGCACCAUGGCAAAGAGGCAAGAAGAAGCCGAAGGAAGUUGUACCAGAAGAAAAAACUAGUGAACAAACUGUUACUCAGAAGGUUGAGGAGGACAAGAUUAAAGACAAACCAGUUCAAGAAGCAACUGCACCAUGGCAGAGAGGCAAAAAGAAGCCAAAAGAUAUUGUACCAGGAGAAAAACCAACUGAGCAACCAGUUCCUGAGAAAGUUGAGAAAGAUAAGGUGGUAGACAAAACUAUUGAGGAGGCAUCUGCACCUUGGCAAAGAGGCAAGAAAAAGCCAAAGGAUUUAGUACCAGAAGAGAACCCUGAACAACCUGGAAUUCAAAGCCGAAGAGACUCAGUUCCUUGGUCAAGGGAUCAAGUUCAAUUGAAGAAGGUCAAAGAAAUUAGAGAAGAUGGAUUGGAACAGCAGAACGUAAUCACGAGAAAGAAAUCAAAUAAUGACAUGAAAAUCCACUCCAGUGGAACAGGAGAAACAAGUUUGGAGAAUCUUACUGUUCGUGAAGAUUCAACCUCUCUGAAAAGAGAAGAGAAUCAAACGAGUAUUCUAAAGAGAGCUGAUAAUCGAUAUCAUGGAACCACUGAAGAGGUGGAAAAGAAGAAGAAAAUAAAUGACCUAGAGUUCAAGAAAAAGACACUGGAAGAGAAAAUAAAAACAAUAAAAUCAAAAGAGAAACAUCAUCAAGCUCACCUAAUAAGAAAACUACAGAAAGAAUAUGAUGAUAUAACAAGGGAAUUAUCGAAAGAGGAAAGAUUGGAAACAAUAGUAGCAAGUGAAGAUUCUACCUUGAUGCAAAUAGAGAGUAGAGAGACAUUAGAAGAGGCUUCCAGUAAACAACAAACAUCAGAGAAAGUAGAAGAAGUACAACAACGCCAAGCAGGUGUACCAUGGCAUAGAGGCAAAAAGAAGCCGAAGGAUAUUGUUCCAGAAGAGAAACCUAUUGAACAAUCAGUUCCCCAGAAGGUCGAGGAAGAUCAGGUUUACGACAAACCUAUUGAAGAAACAUCUGCACCAUGGCAAAGAGGCAAGAAGAAGCCGAAGGAAGUUGUACCAGAAGAAAAAACUAGUGAACAAACUGUUACUCACAAGGUUGAGGUGGACAAGAUUAAAGACAAACCAGUUCAAGAAGCAACUGCACCAUGGCAGAGAGGCAAAAAGAAGCCGAAGAAUGUUGUACCAGAAGAGAAACCAACUGAACAACCUGUCCCUCAGAAGGUUGAGGAAGAUAAGCUUGAAGACAAACCAGUUGAAGAGACAUCUGCACCUUGGCAAAGAGGCAAGAAAAAGCCAAAGGAUUUAGUACCAGAAGAGAAACCCACUGAACAACCUGUUCCUCAGAAGGUUGAGGAAGAUAAGCUUGAAGACAAACCGGUUGAAGAGACAUCUGCACCUUGGCAAAAAGGCAAGAAGAAGCCCAAGGAUUUAGUACCAGAAGAGAAACCCACUGACCAACCUGUUCCUCAGAAGGUUGAGGAAGAUAAGCUUGAAGACAAACCUGUUGAAGAGACAUUUGUACCUUGGCAAAGAGGUAAGAAGAAGCCAAAGGAUGUAGUACCAGAAGAGAAACCCACUGAACAACCUGUUCCUCAAAAGGUUGAGGAAGAUAAGUUUGAAGACAAACCUGUUGAAGAGACAUCUGCACCUUGGCAAAGAGGCAAGAAGAAGCCAAAGGAUGUAGUACCAGAAAAGAAACCCACUGAACAACCUGUUCCUCAGAAGGUUGAGGAAGAUAAGCUUGAAGACAUACCUGUUGAAGAGACAUCUGCACCUUGGCAAAGAGGCAAGAAGAAGCCAAAGGAUGUGGUACCAGAAGAAAAACCCACUGAACAACCUGUUCCUCAGAAGGUUGAGGAAGAUAAGUUUGAAGACAAACCUGUUGAAGAGACAUCUGCACCUUGGCAAAGAGGCAAGAAGAAGCCAAACGAUGUAGUACCAGUAGAGAAACCUACUGAACAACCUCUUCCUCAGAAGGUUGAAGAAGACAAACCAGUUCAAGAAGCAACUGCACCUUGGCAAAGAGGCAAAAAGAAGUCAAAGGAUUCAGUACCAGAAGAGAAACUCACUGAACAACCUGUUCCUCAGAAGGUUGAGGAAGAUAAGCCUGAAGACAAACCUGUUAAAGAGACAUCUGCACCUUGGCAAAGAGGCAAGAAGAAGCCAAAGGAUGUAGUACCAGAAAAGAAACCCACUGAACAACCUGUUCCUCAGAAGGUUGAGGAAGAUAAGCUUAAAGACAAACCUGUUGAAGAGACAUCUGUACCUUGGCAAAGAGGUAAGAAGAAGCCAAAGGAUGUAGUACCAGAAGAGAAAUCCACUGAACAACCUACUCUCCAGAAGGUUGAGGAAGAUAAGCUUGAAGACAAACCUGUUGAAGAGACAUCUGUACCUUGGCAAAGAGGCAAGAAGAAGCCAAAGGAUUCAGUACCAGAAGAGAAAUCCACUGAACAACCUGUUCCUCAGAAAGUUGAGGAAGAUAAGCUUGAAGACAAACCGGUUGAAGAGACAUCUGCACCUUGGCAAAGAGGCAAGAAGAAGCCCAAGGAGUUAGUACCAGAAGAGAAACCCACUGAACAACCUGUUCCUCAGAAGGUUGAGGAAGAUAAGCUUGAAGACAAACCUGUUGAAGAGACAUCUUCACCUUGGCAAAGAGGCAAGAAGAAGCCAAAGGAUGUAGUACCAGUAGAGAAACCCACUGAACAACCUCUUCCUCAGAAGGUUGAAGAAGACAAGAUUGAAGACAAACCAGUUCAAGAAGCAACUGCACCUUUGCAAAGAGGCAAAAAGAAGCCAAAGGAUUUAGUACCAGAAGAGAAACCCACUGAACAACCUGUCCCUCAGAAGGUUGAGGAAGAUAAGCUUGAAGACAAACCUGUUGAAGAGACAUCUGUACCUUGGCAAAGAGGCAAGAAGAAGCCAAAGGAUUUAGUACCAGAAGAGAAACCCACUGAACAACCUGUUCCUCAGAAGGUUGAGGAAGAUAAGCUUGAAGACAAACCUGUUGAAGAGACAUCUGCACCUAGGCAGAGAGGCAAAAAGAAGCCAAAGGAUGUAGUUCCAGAAGAGAAACCCACUGAACAUUCUGUUCCUCAGAAGGUUGAGGAAGAUAAGCUUGAAGACAAACCAGUUCAAGAAGCAACUGCACCUUUGCAAAGAGGCAAAAAGAAGCCAAAGGAUUUAGUACCAGAAGAGAAACCCACUGAACAACCUGUCCCUCAGAAGGUUGAGGAAGAUAAGCUUGAAGACAAACCUGUUGAAGAGACAUCUGUACCUUGGCAAAGAGGCAAGAAGAAGCCAAAGGAUUUAGUACCAGAAGAGAAACCCACUGAACAACCUGUUCCUCAGAAGGUUGAGGAAGAUAAGCUUGAAGACAAACCUGUUGAAGAGACAUCUGCACCUAGGCAGAGAGGCAAAAAGAAGCCAAAGGAUGUAGUUCCAGAAGAGAAACCCACUGAACAUUCUGUUCCUCAGAAGGUUGAGGAAGAUAAGCUUGAAGACAUACCUGUUGAAGAGACAUCUGCACCUUGGCAAAGAGGCAAGAAGAAGCCAAAGGAUGUAGUACCAGAAGAGAAAUCCACUGAACAACCUUCUCCCCAGAAGGUUGAGGAAGAUAAGCUUGAAGACAAACCUGUUGAAGAGACAUCAGCACCUUGGCAAAGAGGCAAGAAGAAGCCAAAGGAUUUAGUACCAGUAGAGAAACCAACUGAACAACCUGUCCCUCAGAAGGUUGAGGAAGAUGAGGUUGGAGACUUACCUGUUGAUAAGGCAUCUGCACCUUGGCAAAGAGGCAAGAAGAAGCCAAAGGAUGUGGUACCAGAAGAGAAACCCACUGAACAACCGGUUCCUCAGAAGGUUGAGGAAGAUAAGCUUGAUGACAAACCUGUUGAAGAGACAUCUGCACCUUGGCAAAGAGGCAAGAAGAAGCCAAAGGAUUUAGUACCAGAAGAGAACCCACUGAACAACCACAAACUGUUGAAGAGACAUCUGUACCUUGGCAAAGAGGCAGAAGAAGCCAAAGGAUUAGUACCAGAAGAGAAACCCACUGAACAACCUGUUCCUCAGAAGGUUGAGGAAGAUAAGCUUGAAGACAAACCGAUUGACAAGACAUUUGUUCCAUGGCAAAGAGGCAAGAAGAAGUCAAAAGAUGUCGUACUAGGAGAAAAAUUACCUGAACAACCUGUUCCUCAGGAUGCUAUGGAUGAAGAGGUGGAAGAUAAUUCAGUUCAAGAAGCGACUGCACCAUGGCAGAGAGGCAAGAGGAAGCCACAACCAAUUUCUCAUAUUGUUGAGGAGGAAAAGUUUGAGGAUAAACCAAUUGUAGAAGCAUCUGCUCCUUGGCAGAGAGGUAAGAAGAAGCCAAAGGAAGUUGCCUCAGACAUCCAAUCUUUCGAGAAUGAGCCUAUAAUCAAAAUAGUUCUUUCCAAGAAGAAAGAUGUUGAUACAAUACAGAAUGAUCAGUCAGUUACAGCACUUAGUGUCACAGAACUUGAUGCCUCUGACUCUAAUAUGAUUCUUGACAAGAAUGAUGUUACCAAUACAAAAGUAAAACAUGUCAGUUUUCCUGAUGAUGAUACACUCCAGGAGAUUCUAGAAAUAGUUGAUAAAAGUAAAAUUGAUGCUCCAAGCUCUAAAGAACCCAGAGGGAAGAAAGUAAAGAGUAUCAUGAAAAGUACAAAAUUAGACAAUUUUGAACAAGAUACAGAUCAAGCAGAUGUUCAACCAGUUUCUCCAAAGCAUCCUGCCAGACCAGUUGAUGUUACUGAUAUUUCAGAAACCAUAAAGAAUAAACUGUCAGACAAGCCAGAACUUCCCUGGAGAAAAGCCAAAAAACCUAGCAAGCAAGAUGAAGCAUUGGAGAGUGAUAAGUGUCUCCCCCAUGCAACUCAGUCAGAAACAAUUACUAAGGGAGAGCCCAAAGACAUACAAGAAGAUUCACCAAUAGGAAAAGAUGAUAGUAUACCAGAAGAUAAACUCCAAAGUGGUGAGAAGAAAAAGGUGAACAGGAAGAAACCUAAGGAUAAAACAGACUCAUCAACACCUCAGGAAUCUGAGAUAAAAGAGGAUGAGACUCUCUCUGAUCUCAAACAAGAGUUGGAACCUCUCAGACAAGUUAUUGAGAGGAAAGAAAUGAAACCUAGUAAAGUAAAUGUGAUUCCAGUGUCUGAGCUCCCCCAAUUUGCAAAAAUUAAACUGAAGAAAGCACCAAAACAACCUAAAAAAGAAAUUGAGUCAGUCUCACUCCCAAAAGUUCUACUCAAAAGUAGAAUUACAAGAGUGGAAUAUCCACCUAAAGAACUUAAACCCAUAUUCUCAACCCUUGAACCAGUCUAUGUUGAUAAUGGUGUUCUGUCACGGAACUAUGAAGAGGCAGCAAAAGUGAAGAAGACUAAACCAAGAAGAGUUAAGAUGCCACCAAAACCGGUUCAUGAACUAGAGAAGUAUGAGCCAUUUGUUGAUGAUGAGAAGCCAAAGGAAGAAGCUCCAAGUGAUGAUAAACAUUAUCAACGUAAACCCAAGGAAGAGCAAACACCAGAAGAGACGAAACCAAAGUUGGUGAUUGGGAAGGGUAAAUUACCUGAAAAGGAUGAAGGUCCUGAGGAAGUUAAAUUGAAGCCAAUUACAAAGAAGAAAAAUGAUGAAAAAGAAGAAGAAACUAAACCAAAGAAAAUGAAGCCUGGUAAAGAACUCCCUAGUCAACCAUCCGAUGACAUUCCAUUUGAGUUGAAACCUUUUGAUAGAAUAGACACUGGUGAUAGACCAGAUAUUGAAUCAAAAGAUCAGUCUGAUAUCAUUGUUCCAACUGAUGAGUCGAAUGAUAAGAAGCCAAGACGGGUUAAAAAACCUGAAUCAAGUCCUGAAGCAGAUAGUGAUGAGAAGAAAAUUGUCCCUGGAAAGGGUAAAGAUAAACCUAAGGAUGAAGACAAGGAUAUCAAUCUCAAGAAGAAGCAAGGAGAGCCAAGUCCUGAUACCAAAGAACCAAUAAGUUUGAGACCGUGGAAAAAAGAAAAGCCAGACAAAGAUAAUGAUGUGGGAGAACCUAGUGUAGGGAAACCUGAACCAUUCCCUAGAGAAGAUGAGGAAGAAUCAAUAGCUCCCAAAACCUGCGAUCAUCCACCAGAUAAAGAGAAAAAGAAGAAAAAGAUCAAGAAACCAAAAGAUAAGCAAUCAAAUGAAGAGACUCCAGGAGAUUCGAAUGAAUCUCCUGAACUCCCUAUUGAGAUUCCAGUGGUGGAAUCCUCCCAAGAAUUGAUAACAAAUGAGAAGGGAGAUAAACCUCAAGACUCAAUACCAUCAGAAAAGCCAACGCCAAGUGAUAACACAGUGGCUGAAGAUUAUCAGCCUCCUAAGAAUGAAGAUGAUCAAAGACCUGAAAAGAAGAAGAUAAAAAGAAUGAAACCUAAGGAUAAACCAGAUUUAUCAACACCUCAGGAAUCUGAGAUAAAAGAGGAUGAGACUCUCUCUGCUCUCAAACAAGAGUUGGAACCUCUCAGACAAGUUAUUGAGAGGAAAGAAAUGAAACCUAGUAAAGUAAAUGUAAUUCCAGUGUCUGAGCUCCCCCAAUUUGCAAAAAUUAAACUGAAGAAAGCACCAAAACAACCUAAAAAAGAAAUUGAGUCAGUCUCACUCCCAAAAGUUCUACUCAAAAGUAGAAUUACAAGAGUGGAAUAUCCACCUAAAGAACUUAAACCCAUAUUCUCAACCCUUGAACCAGUCUAUGUUGAUAAUGGUGUUCUGUCACGGAACUAUGAAGAGGCAGCAAAAGUGAAGAAGACUAAACCAAGAAGAGUUAAGAUGCCACCAAAACCGGUUCAUGAACUAGAGAAGUAUGAGCCAUUUGUUGAUGAUGAGAGGCCAAAGGAAGAAGCUCCAAGUGAUGAUAAACAUUAUCAACGUAAACCCAAGGAAGAGCAAACACCAGAAGAGACGAAACCAAAGUUGGUGAUUGGGAAGGGUAAAUUACCUGAAAAGGAUGAAGGUCCCGAGGAAGUUAAAUUGAAGCCAAUUACAAAGAAGAAUGAUGAAAAAGAAGAAGAAACUAAACCAAAGAAAAUGAAGCCUGGUAAAGAACUCCCUAGUCAACCAUCCGAUGACAUUCCAUUUGAGUUGAAACCAUUUGAUAAAAUAGACACUGGUGAUAGACCAGAUAUUGAAUCGAAAGAUCAGCCUGAUAUCAUUGUUCCAACUGAUGAGUCAAAUGAUGAGAAGCCAAGACGGGCUAAAAAACCUAAAUCAAGUCCUGAAGCAGAUAGUGAUGAGAAGAAAAUUGUCCCUGGAAAGGGUAAAGAUAAACCUAAGGAUGAAGACAAGGAUAUCAAUCUCAAGAAGAAGCAAGGAGAGCCAAGUCCUGAUACCAAAGAACCAAUAAGUUUGAGACCGUGGAAAAAAGAAAAGCCAGACAAAGAUAAUGAUGUGGGAGAACCUAGUGUAGGGAAACCUGAACCAUUCCCUAGAGAAGAUGAGGAAGAAUCAAUAGCCCCUGAAACUUUUGAUCUUCUGCCUGACAAGAAGAAGAAGAAGAAAUCCAAAACACCAAAAGAUAAGCCCGAAGAACUAGUUAUGGAACCAAGUAUUGAUUCUCCAGUCUCUCUUUCUCCUGAUGUCCAACCUGUCACUGAAGUGGAAUCAUCUGACUCAACUCCACAAUUGAAGAAAAAGAAAAUGGUUCGUGUUUCUAAAUCACGGUCAAUUCCUGAUGAAGACGUUCCUCUAGAGACCAAAGAUGAUCUAGUACCUACUCUCAUCAAAGAGGAGAAGUCACCAUCUGAAAUACAAGUUGAACCGGUACUAUCUAAGAAGAAAGUAGUUCUGAAAAAGAAAGAAACAUCUGAAAAUAUCGAAAUCAUAGCUGAAAAAGAGAAGCCCCAUGAAGAUGAUGGUAUUGAAUGGAAAAAGGAAACAAAAAUUGAUAUAAAGUCUAAGAGUUUGAAACAGAACAGAGUUGAUGUUCUCACUGAAGAUUUUGACAGACCAAUUGGAGAUUUGGAAAUAAUAUCACAAAAGCGCUCAACUGAUGAAACGUUAAAAAGGUCUGAUAUUGUUAGGACGAUGAAAGAAUUUGAGAAUGCCAUACCUCCCUGGUUCACAGAGAAAAUUCAACCACUUUGUAUUGAAGAAGGUAAACCUGUUGAAUUCACUUGCAAAGUAGAAGGAGUGCCUUUCCCACAUAUCAUUUGGUUCAAAAAUAACAAAGAAAUUGUUGCUAGUGAACGAGUAUCAAUGCUUUUGACAGAAAAUAUUGCUACCUUGACUAUAACUGAAGCUGUUCAUGAAGAUAUUGCCAUGUAUUCAUGUACUGCAUCAAAUCCUGCUGGAAAAGCGACGUGUACUGCAAACCUCAUAGUAAUAGACAAAAAAGAAUCAGGAGAAGCACCCAAGUUUACCAAACCACUGAAGCCUUUAGUAGCUGAGAAGAAUUCACCUGCAGCAUUGGAGUGUGUUGUGACAGGAAAGCCUACGCCAGAAAUAAAAUGGCUGCGAGCUGAUGAGGAACUUAUUUCAGAUGAGCUUCACUCUUUAGAAUUCAUUGCGGAGACUGGAGUCUGUAAGUUGACGAUUGUAAGCACAACUGCCAUCGACGAAGCCACCUACUCCGUGUCAGCAGUCAACAAGUUUGGCAGAGCAGAAUGCAGAGCUAAUAUCGUCAUUAGCGAAAUACCAGUAUUGACUCAACCAAUUAUUGAAGAGGCCCCAAAAAUAAUAAAGCCUUUGGAAGCUGUUUCUGUGGAAGAAGGACAAGAUGUUUUGCUCACUGUUGAAUUUACUGGCAUUCCAAAGCCAGAAGUCAGGUGGUAUAGAAACGGCAAGGAGAUAAUUCAGACAGAAGAUAUGGAAAUAACUGAGACUAAAACCACCCUCACGUUGAAGAAAGUAACUCGCAAGGUCGUCGGCAAGUACGAGGUUCGAGCUAUGAAUACUGUUGGUGAAGCUAGAACUUCUGGAUCUCUUAAAAUUAUAGAUAGAGAACAAAAAGAAGAAAUGGAAGGUGCAAAAGGUCCUCGUUUCAUACAACCACUUGUUCCAAAAAUUGUCACCGAAGGGGAAGUGUGUUUAAUGGAGGUGUCUGUAGAAUCAUACCCUACAUGUUCAUUCCAGUGGUAUCAACAUAAUGUAGCUAUUAAGACAAGUGCCGAAGUGCGUAUCAUGACGGAUGCGAACCGGUCAGUGCUGAUGUUGCCGCUGACUCUGACGGACGAUGCCGGCGACUACACGGUCCGUGCCGAGAACGUGGUGGGCUCAGUGACGUCAACGGCGACCCUCAGUGUUCUGCCUGAGUGGGAGAAGCCGGCUGAACUGCAGUCUCCUGCUUUCGUUGUUACGCCCGUAACCGCCAAGGUCAUGGAUGGCCAACCCGCCUUGUUCACAUGCAAGGUGACAGGCAAGCCAACUCCCAAAGUGCAAUGGCUACAUAACGGUCAGCCGGUGAAUGAAGGCAAGCAAGUGACCACAUUCCAAGAUUCGGAAGGCACUUGCAAGCUGGCGAUCAGCGAGGUAUUCCCAGAGGACACGGGUAUCUACACGUGUACUGCGACCAAUCCUAUUGGUGAAGCGGUCUGCUCAGUCUCGCUCGUCGUCGAUGCUUAUGAAUACGAGCCUGACUCCGAAGUGGCCAACUCGCUGAUGGCUGUCCAAAGCGGUUCUGAAGAAGAUCUGCUUGCCGAAAAGGAAGAAGAUUUAUUCAAAGAUACCGAAGUUGGAUCCGGUCCGAAAUUCAUAACACCCCUGCCAGAAGAAUCACCUUCGAAUGUUGGAGACUUAGUUAGGCUAAAAGUAAAAGUUCACGGGAGUCCAAAGCCAGAAGUAAUCUGGUACAAAGACGGAGUGAAAAUAGUUCCAUCACAAGAAUUCCAAGUAGAGAACUUGGAAGAUGGUACUUCAGUCUUGACCAUCACUGAAAUUUAUCCAGAUGAUGCCGGUGAAAUUAUUUGCGAAGCUCAAAAUGAAGUUGGUGUAGCCACAUCCGUAACUGUUCUACAGCUUGAUGGUAUAGUAGGAACAAAGGAGUACCGCAAGCCCGAGUGGGUAACUCAAAUGGAAGAGUUGAAGGCAGAACUGCAAGGUAAAAAGAAAUCAAAGUCGUUGGAUGAUUGUUUGGAGCAUGAUGCUUUCACUGCUGAUUUUUCUGAGCUGAGUGCUUCUUGUGUUGAUGAUGACGAUGAGAGAUAUGAAGAAGGUGUAAGUGAUGAGGAGGAUGAAGAUCAGGUGUUGAAUGAUAUUCUACAUGGAGACGACAGGUACAGCUAUCGAAGUUUGUUGAAUGUGUGUGAUAACAAUGUGCAGUUGAUGCGCUCGCAACUCAUCGAUCUACACUUGCUGCCGUCGAUCGAGGAGAACAGUGAGCCAUCGACUAGUGGCAGCAGUAAGUCGGAUCUGAACAACCGUCGCGUCAUUUCGUCAUCGAUGCAUAACCUGAGCUCGACAGGCCCAACCGACGACACGCACCGCGAGUACAGUAACACAUUCCCCCGACCUCGCAUGCUCUCACUCGACUCACACAUGUCACUGCCGAAACAAACAUUCGCGCACACUAGCGUUCUGUACCCUCUUGAGCCGAGAGAGCUCGACCCCGAAUCGUUCUGUCAGCUGCACACGGCUGACAGUCAGGAGGAGCUGCAGGAGUUCUUGCUGCUGGAGAGUCAAUGCAUGACUAAUGACGCUGGGCUCGCCGCCGCCUUCCAACACGACAACCAAAAAGAUGGAAGUUAUCUUGAUAUCCGUCAUUCGUGUUCAAACAUCCGACCGUUCAGCACUAUCGACGCAAAAAAACCAAAAGUAGUGGACGGAAUGAGAAUAAUUAUCGACUAUUCUCAUGAAUCUCAUUGCCAACGUUUUCUAGUCAUAAAAGCGAAACAAGCACCACCUACAUUCAUCAAUGAAGUUACCGAUACAAGGAUACGUGAAACUGAAGAAGCUAAAUUUGAAUGCCAAUACUCGGGAACACCAAUGCCAGAUGUCAUAUGGUAUCACAAUGGGAAAAUUCUCCGUUCAUCGAAGAACGUGAAGAUCAUGAUAAAGGAGGGAAAAAGCAGUGUAAUUAUCAAACAUGUGACACAGGAGGAUGACGGCGAAUAUGUCUGCAAAGCUGUCAGUGAGAUUGGUGAAAUUGUUUCAAAAGGAAAGCUUUACGUUAUAGAAAUUCCAGUUGAAGAAAGAGAACAGUUCGAGCGGGAGCAGAGAGUUAUUGAAGAAGAAGAAAACCUAAAGAUGGAGUUGAAGAAGAAAGGAGAUGUAUUGAAGAAAAGAGUUUCGAUUGUAGAGCAAGCUGUAAUCAAGAAACCUGAAGUAAAGACGGAAACUGUAAAAGAUAUAAGGAAAACCACCAUAAAGAAGGAAAAAGCUGAGAAGAAAAUUGAAAUAAUUGAAAGUGCAGUGCAGGUUGAUUCGACACCAUCACUGAAGAAAGUGCCUGAGAAAAGUGAAGAGCUGCCGGUUGGUGAACAGGUGAAGCCAUCCAGCGAUCUACCAACACAGAGUUCAGUCAGCAUCUCCGAAGUGACGCCGCAGGAACAAAUUGUAGAAUUCCCUGACGAGCAGAAACCUGAUGAAUCCACAGCUGUGGUGACGCAGUCCACGCAAGAGUCUGUCACAGUGUCACAAGUCGAAACGGAAACGUCUGUUUCAAAGCUGAAGACAAAAACAACAAAGAAACAGCAGGUGAAGCAGAAGGUGGUGACUAAGAAGUCGGUGCAGAUGAAAGAGGCGCAUUUAGUGCAUCAGACUGAAGAUCAACUGGUCAUAGAAGAACAGCCACAAGAAACAGCCCAGGUGUCUCAGUCUGUUGUCGAACCAGUCGAAAUAACCCAAGUGCAGCCCAUUGAUUCUGUUGAGGAUAUCUCUGAAAAGAAAACUAAGAAGAAGCAGGCCAAAGAAAGGAAGACGUCCAGGAAGGAGAGUGUGCAUUUCGAUUUGACAGCCACGCAGGCUGAUGAAAUAGAAGAGAUUCUUGAGACAUUGCAUGUGGAGGAGUUUGGACCUGGUAAAAAGCCUCUCAUUGAAUUGGCCACUGUCGGUGUGAUGCUGCGUCAUGGUAUCACCAUUCAAGAGGUUGUAUCUCAAUACGAAGCUGAACAGUAUCCAUCGUUGCUUACGGCGCCCGCCCAAAACGCAAUGGUCCAACUAGUUGAAAGGGAAGGACACAGUGCUCUUAUUUCAGAGGUAUUGACCCAAGAAUCCACCACUGAGCAAACGUUGGUAGGCGUAUUCAAGGCGUUCCUGAGGAUGGUGGAGCUGAAGCAUGCAAAUGUUGAAGAGGUGCUCCCUCUGUUCGCUCCAGAUGACUUCCAACCUCUCCAAUGGGAACAACAUGUUUCUCAGGCAAUAGUGGAAGAGACUGGUGUAACAGAGCAAAAAACAGAAAUCACACAAGUGGAAGUGCAAGAAGAUGUGAAAAAAGUCGUCAAGAAGAAAACAACAAAGAAGCGAAUUGAGGAGAAAACUGAAGAGAUCGAAGAGCAAACAGAGAGAAAAUCUACAACAGAACAAAGAAAGAAAGAGCUGGAUCAUCGAUCGGACAGGAUAGAAAUAACUCAAGUCACAGAAGAUAAACAGUUGCAGAUUUCACAUGACAACCGGGAAGAAGAUCAAGAUGAAGCGAUAAUCACUCAACCAUGUGAUGAAGUGGAGCAAGUUCAAACAAAAGAGGAAGAAGAAGUGGUGAUAGUUGAUAAAAUUGUCAGAAAUAGGGAUAUAGAAAUUAAAAAAUCCACAACAGAGGAAGAUUAUUUGGAAAAAAUUAAAAGCGUUGAAAAGAAAUGUAGGAUUGGAACGUCAAAUUCUAGUGAAGAAGUCUUGAAUGAAAACAUCUCUGAAUUUCUUAAUGUUGUUGAAACCAGCCAAAAGAAAAUAUUGCCCAUUCAAAUUCCGUUUCAAUCCAGAGAAACUGUUGCUGAAAGCAAGUUGACAAUGUUAGGUGAGACAUCAUCUAUUGGAGAGCAGGGCAAUAUUGCCAUAGUUCCCAACAUAGCAGCGGAACACCACAUUGUAGUUAGUGAAGAGGUAUUGGAUAAACAAAAAGAGGUCAAACAUAUUGAGGAAGCAAAAGCUUCAACGAAAAUUGAUUCUAUUGAACCUUUCAUAGUAGAGCAACCACUGACUAAUUUGUCUGCUACUCAAUUUAGCACUGUUGAACAACCAUCAUCAAGAGAUGUAAUGACUUCUCUUGUUCAAAGCCAAGGAUUACAAAUUUCUGAAACUUUUGCUGGUGAUUCCCUUUCAGAGAGUCAGACAGUUAUGAAUAAACCUGAUAAAGCAAAAAUCUCAGUUGUCUCACUAAAGGCAACAUCUAUAACAAUGACCCAGCCUUCUAUGAAGGAAGAAGAAUAUGAAAGUGGAAGUCUGCCUAUUCAGUUACAAGCAAAUGAGAAUUUUGUACCCAAAGAGGGUAUUGAAAUUACUGAGGUCACUCAAGCUUAUACAGAGUCGAAAUUGGGGAGAUUUAUGAAGCCCACUCCAGUAAACUCUCAACUAAAUAUACUGGAAUCCCAGCCAAUAGAAGUCACUGAGGUUUUUAGUGAGUUGAAACCAACCAAAUAUUUUCCUGAACUCAUUGUGGCUACAGAAGUAGCAACAAAAACCAUCUCAAUUGGAUCAAAAGCAGCAACUACUCAAGAAAUGCAGUUGCCUGAGAAAGAGUGCACCUAUACUCCUGACAAGCUACCUAUUAGUCAAUUGGCUCAAAUACAAAUAUUACCUGAGGACUCAUUACAAGUUACUCAAGCUGAAGUGAGAGAACAAGAGAAUCAAUUGAUUUCAAUGAAACAACCUAUACUGGCUGCGGCUGAAGCAAGAAUUUCUACAUCUGAAGCUGUUCUUGUAUCAUCUAUAGAAGCUCAACAGAAGGUAAAACCUCUAAACAUAGAUUUGGACUCUGUCAAGUCUAUUGACAUUAUAGUUAAUGAGAACUUGAGCAUCAUUGCUACAGAAACAAAUUUAGGAGAAGUUGAAGAAUCUCUCCCAAAUCCUGAAAGGCCUGAUGUGAAAUCACCUUCUCCUUCAUUGUUUUGUCUUGAAGUUAGUGAUAAAAUGGAAAACUCAGUUUUUGAGAGUGAAUUAGCUUUAGUACCAAAGACUAAACCAACUAAAUGCAAAGCAAAUGAAGCACUACCUGAAAUUGAAUCACUAACAGUGGAAGAAAUUUCAUUGUUAGAUGCACUGGAAGAUUUUGAAGGAAAACUGAAGUACACAACUGAACAGGCACAUUCUUCAUUCCAAACUUUUGAAGCAAGUCAAAGUUCUGAAGUAUUCACACAGACCAGUGAGGAUCAUCUUGAUAUUAAAAUUCCAGAAAUGAAUACAAUCAAAACCAAUUUUAAUUUGCAGAAAAGCUUGAAAAUUCAUGAAACCCAAUGUAAUGAGAAAGAAGGUGACCAAAAAGUUUCACCAAAGCCUGAAACACAUAGAAGUACAGUUCGAACAACUCAUACAUUACAGUCUGCUCUCAUUAAAGAAACUGUUCCUGAAGGUACUACCAAAAAUAUAGUCAAUACUUUGCCAGGAGAGACCUCUUUUGCUGAAGUGGAACAUAUAAAAUUGAAUGAAAUUAUAGUACAAGAAGAUCUACCUGUUGAUUCUCUAGGGCCACAAUCAGAUUUUGUCAAACCUGUUCAUGAGCUUGUUCAGGUGGGCUUGAUUGAGAAAGAAGGCAUAUCAGUGACAGAAAUAUUUGCAGAUGACAGAGAAGGUGAACAGACUGAGAGUUUGAAAUUGCCAGAAUAUUGUGUUAAAAGUUCUAUACUUCCUUAUUCAGUGGCUUUGCAAACAAAUGCAGAUGUUCAAAAGUCAUUAGGUGAAUAUAGAAAAGAUAACCUACAAUUUCAAACUGCAUCAGUUACUCACUCUACAAAGAAAAGUUUAACUGUAACAGAAACCAUUUCAGAUGAGAAAGGUCUUGAAGUACCCGCUUUCAGACUCCCUGAACAGAAAUUAGCCAAUGUGGAAUUGGAUAAGGUUGAGUUGAGUGGUAUUUCAGUGCAAGAAAUGGUACCAAUUGAAAAAGAAGAAAGCUUACUCAUUUCAGAAAAAGCUCCUGGUUUCUUUGCUGGGAAAGGAAUUUCAGGUCAGCUCACAGCUAUGACCAGUGAGGUGAUGACUCAUAUGCAAACUUGCGAUUUAGAAAAUGAUAUUCCACAGAAGAGAAACGCAAAUCCCACAACAAUUCCUCUCGAGGAGCUUAUUGUAACUGAAACUAAUAUACCAGGCACUGAGUCUGCUCUUUCUGACACAAUGCUAGACAUGAAAUUUGCUCUUUUGAAAGUUGAUGAGAGAGAAAGUCUGUCAGUGAUUGAGAUUACUCUACAAGAUAAUGAAAAGGAACUGCCUGAGAGAGAUACAGUUGGAGAGCAAGCAGCAGUCGUGGAAUUUGAAGGCAUCAGAGUUGCUGAGAACACUAUAACUUCAACCAGUGAAGAAUUGAACGAAUUGUCAUGUCAAUUACCACUGAAAGAUACAAUAAGAGCAAUAAUGAAGCAAGAAAUCACCCAGUGUGUAGCAGAGUCAUUGGAACAGACAAUUGGGGAAGUUGAAUCAGAUAUUCCCUCUUUUAUCAAACCAGACCAGAAAACGGCAUUCUGCAAUCUGAACAAAGAAACAGAUGCAGUUCAAAUAAUUGAAGUCACUCUUUCAGAUUCUACCAAAUUGCUUGAUACACAGCAACCUAUAAAAAAUGCUACUGCUAUCAAGAAAUUAUCUGGGCAGAAUCUAUUAGCAUUAGUUGAGAAAACUGAAAUUAGCUCAGCUACAGGUAAAGUACCAGAUUUGAAGCCAGAUUAUAAAGCUGCCUCAGUUAUUCAAACAUCAUUGGAAGGAAUAAUUAUUGAUGAAAAUACUACAGUAGACCAAGAGAAAUGUUUGAUAGAAGAAGGUUUACCAGAAGCAAAAAUAGCAAUGACUUCAGUGACUGCUCCUCAAAAAAUUUCAUCAGUUCUGAUAGUUACUCCACAAGACAAAGAAGAAGACUUGUCCAAUAUUCAGACACCUAAUCUAGCUGCAGCUGUCUCCAAAAUCAUAUCCAAAGAAGCAGCUGAGAUGAGCGAGGUCAUUGUUGGAAAUACAUUCACUGAAUUACAAGAUGACAGCAUUCCAAAUUUAGUGAAUGCAACAGCAGAACAGAUACCAUUCACAAGCUUGCAACAUAGUGAAAUCUCAUCAAUUGAAAGUACAAAGAAGAUUGAGGAUCUUUUAUUACCACAAUCAAAAACUGCAGAAGUGGUUGUUGAAGAAGGUAAACCAAUAUCUAUAACCCAAGUCAUACCGCAGGAUCAAACUGAAAAUCUUAUUAAGGACUUCAAAAACCCCAAAGUACAUGCUUCAGAAAAUUUCACUACAAAACACAUUGCCAAGAAAACAGAAGUAAUAGCUGCAGGUAGUGUAAGUGAAAUUGUGGUUGAUAAACCAAACUGGGCUAAGGCCAAUUUAGAUCAACCACUUCAUCAAAGUGCAUUAACAUCAGAAGUGUUUGUGAGAGAGAAAGAGUCAUCAUUCCAGUCAGCUCAUGCACCAGAUUCACAUUUUGCUGACUUAUUAUUAGAAGAGCAGCUAUCAAGCAUUGUAAUAUCUGAAUUAAAUGCAGCAGAAACAGAAUCUCAUCUGGACUUGGAUAUUAUACCACCUUCAAAAAUUGCAACUAUUGAUAUUUCUGGCCAGAAAGUAGUUCAAAAAACUGAAACCAUAUCAGGUGAUGUAGUGGACUACUUCCCAGAUUUUGAAUUCUCUCCUGUCUCAGCCAGUCAGUCACACUUUUCUCAUGAAGGAGUUGUUUCAUCCGAGGCAACAGUUCAGGAAAAAGAAGGAAUAUUCAGUGAAACCAAGCCAAUACCUGUUAAUGCCAAUUUAGAAUUUAUCAAAAGGAACAAUGAAAUCUCAAUUUCUGAAAUUCUAGUUGUAGACAAAGAAGACAUUUACUCACCUGUUCUACUACCAGAAGAGAAAACUGCUACAAAAUCAAUCACCCCUCAAGAGCUUCCUCAAACUAUGUUAAUACUUCCAAUAGAGAAUAUUGAUAACUUUGUGAGUGAAACUGCAAAGACAACUCAAGCCAAGGAAUUACAUGGCACUUUUGACAGUCUAGAAACACACAUUGCAACUAUAGCAGAGCACGAAUCAACAUUAAAAACCUUCAAAGCACCAGACACAAAAACAGCACAUCUAACAUAUGAAACUUUAAAUAAAGGUUUUACUGUUUCAGAAACAACACUCCAUGAUAAAGAAGAAGAGUUCCAGCAAAAUCAAGCAGUUAAAUUUCAUGCGAAAGAAAAAAUAUUUUUAAAAGAGGCUGCAUCAUCAUCUGAAAUUCCAGUUGAGCAUAGUAUAGCACAAUUUGAAAGACAAUCACCAGAGAAAGUAAAUGCUAUUGUUGAACAAAUUCCACAUCAAUCACUUAUGUCUUCAGAAAUAAUUCCUGUGGAGCUUGCAGAUCCAUACAGAUGUAUUCCAAAGCCUUCUGUUAAAGUAGCAGGAAUUAAUUUAGAAGAAGGGAGACAGGCAUCAUCUGUAGAAGUUAUCAAUACUGGAUAUGCAGAGAUUGAUCUUCCACAAUCAAAUAUGCCAGUAGGUAAACAUGCUUUCCAAUCACUCAUAACUGGUCAUAAAGUGGCUGAGAGUAGUAUGACUAUCACUGAAUCAAAUCUUGAUAAAUUGGUAGAUAUGAAGGAUGAUGUUGAAAAAGCAAUAGUUACACAAGUACCAUUCCAAAAUGUCAUCACUUCUGAAGUAAUACCCAGAGAGAAAGAAGACUAUUUUACUACAUCUCAAAUAAAAGAACAAACCGUCAAGUUAACAUUUGAAGAAGGACAAAGCAUCAGUGUCACACAAUUUGCUAGUGAGAGUAGAGAGGAAUCAUUGCCUGAGUUGAAAAAGGUUGAGGGGAAAUUAGCUGAAGUGAAAUUAACUGUCCAAGAAGCUGCUCAAACAACUGUAAUAAUGCCAGAUAUCAGUAUUGGCAAACUUGAUGAAUUUACAGCUAAUGAAGCUAAAGCAAAACAAAGUCAGAAUUUAAUGGAAGGCAUUAUAUCAACAGAGCAGCAAAUAUCUGAGAAGGAGGAUGAUCUAAAAUAUCUGGAGAAGAACUUUGUUAUUGCUAAACAGACCAUAGAUCAAGUGAAACCACUGAUUGUCACAGAUACUAUUGCCGAAGAAAAAGAGCAUUCUCUUCAAAUAAAAUCAAGGCCAGAAAAUCAAAAAGCUCAACCAUCAAUAAGUGGCUGUGCAGUAGCAAUCAAGUCUGAGUAUGUUGCAAAUGAUACACUUAGUGAUUUUGUUUCACCCAAUACUGAUAAAGUGUCAGCAAUAAAAUCCACUCUACCAUUCAGUAGCAUUAUUGGCUCCGAAUCUUUAGUUUCAGAAUGUGAAUCAAUAUUAAAACCAGAAAAAAUACCUGAAGCUAGAACUGCAAAGUCCAAUUACAAGACUGAAGAAUGUGUAACUAUCUCAGAAGUAACUUUGGGAGACAAAGAGUCUGCACUAAGUCCAGGUACCUUGACAUCAGGAAAAGCUGUUUCUACUUCAUUAACAGAAAGUCACAAAAUAGCAUCUCAAUCUGAAGUAAUGUCCCACAGUGGGGUAGACAGAUUGGACAAAUUUGAUGUAAACACAGUUACCGCAUUGUCAAUCUGUGAAAAUCAUCAAAAUAGUAUUUUUGUGACACAAAAUAUAAUUCAAGAAGGAGAACAAGAAUUUCAAGGCAAGUUCAUCCCCACUUAUGAACAGAUAAAUGUAACAUUGGAAGAAGGGAGAAAAGUUCAAACAGUGAAUGAGGUGAUUAUUGAUCAGAAAGAAGGGGAUCUAGAGAUAAUUAUGAUACCAGAAAACAGGAAGGCCAAUCAGACUCUAACUGAACUUGGGAAGGUUGCUGAAACUACAGAGAAUGUAAUUUCUAUGUCUGUUAGCAACAUAAAAAUUGGAGAAAUAUCUAAAAACUCAAUUGCAAAUAUUGAAUUGAGUCCAUUUGAAAGUUUAACACAAACCCAGCCAAUUGUGCAAGAGAUUGAGGAUACUUUCCAGACCACCAAUGGAAUUAAUUUUAGAACUGUCUCUGUUACAAUGGAUGAAGAUGAAGGUUUAACAAUUACAGAGGUCAAUUUAGAUGAAUCUGAAACUCCCCUAGUUCUUGAAGAGCAAAAAUCAUUCAAAGCUAAAUCGAAUGUUUCAGGGAGAGAGGUUGUAUCACAAACUGAAAUCAUAGCCCAAUUUGGUUUACCAAACUUGAAUAUUGAGAAACCUCUACAAGGUCAAGCAAAGCCAACAGUCAUUCCUUUUGAAAGCUUGGAGCAAGCAGAAUCCACUAUUCAAGAGCAAGAGAUUCUGUUGAGGAAAAAAUCAUUGGAUGAAUCUUCCAAAGCUGACAUAUCAUUUGAAGAAGGAAAAGGUAUAAGUAUUAUUGAAAUCAUAACAGAGAUGAAAGAAGAUGAACUCCAGCCAAUGGUUAUUCCAACAGAACAGAAAGCUAUAGCUGAUUUCAAAGCUCAUCAAGUUGCUCAAACAACUGAAAUUUGUUCAGAAUCUUCUACAGGUGUUGUGCAAAGUGUUGAAAAUGAAAAAGCCAAUGUUAAAGUCUCUCAAACUACAUUUACAAGUUUACAGCAAUUUGAAGCAAAUGUUGAAGAACCCGAAUCAAAACUUACUUCUCUCAAGCUGGGGGAGAAAACUGCCAAUAUUUUAUUUGAAGAGGGGAAAAGCAUAAAUGUUAUACAGGUUGAGGUAGGCGAUAAAGAAGACAAAUUCAUUCAAUCAACUAAAUUCAAAGAGAGAAAAGCAGAUUCUUCUAUUGUAGGAAAGCAAUCAAUCCAACAAUCUGAAGUGCACAGUAAAUUUGAAUUGGGAUCUCUCCAACCUGAAAACUUUGAUAUUGCAGAAGCAAAAUUAAUUCAUGAUGUCAAGCACAGUGUAGUUGUAACAGAGAGACAUGCUGAGGAACAUGAAAAAUCAUUUGAAGGAGAAUUCAAGCCAAGUAGUACAAAUGUUGUUGUUGAAUUUGAGCAAAGUAAGAGUUUAACUGUUUUGGAAACAUUAAUGAAAGAGGAAGCAGUUCAGCUCGUACCAGAUCAGUCUCCUAAAAAGUGUAGUGCUAGACCUGAUAUUGAAAUUCGAGAAGGACUUCAGCAGAGUGAAGUAAUAGCUCAAUCAUUAAUUCAGAAUUUUGCUAGUCCAGAACAACUUGAUGCACUUGCACAAGUAACAGCCACUUGUGAUGCUCUUGAAAGUGUCAUUCAAACCCAGACUCAAACUUCUGAAAUGGAGGCUCCUCUAGAGGAAAUUAACAAGCCAAAAACUGGUACUGCAACUCCUAUAAAAUAUUUUAGUAAAGGAAUUUCUAUUGAGGAGAAUAUUGUGGGCUACAAAGAAAGUCCUAUUUCAGCUCAGGUGACACCUUCCAUGCAAAUUGCAACACCUCAUAUGAUAAGCCAGCAGCCAAUUGAACAGACACAAAUGUUUGUUCAAGAAGUUUUUUCAGAUCAGAUUAAAUUGGAUGAGAGAGAAAAAGAAAGUAUCAUAAUGGAGCCAAUACCUUUUGAGGUUUACCAAGUUUCAGAAACACUGCCUGAUGAGAUUGAGAGCCCAUUGAAGUUGACCUCAAAACCAGAACAGAAAUCAAGUGAAGUGAAAAUACUGGAAUUGAGAGGACUAACAACAUCAGAAGUUAUAGUCCAAGAGGAUUACACAGCUCUAUCUCAGGAGGAUGUAUUCAGAGAGAAAGCUCUGUCUAAUGUUAUAAAGCAGGAAGUUGCACAGAAAAGUGAGGUGAUCUCUAGUGAUUCACUAUCACUCUUGGAACCAGAACUACAAAAGACAACUUUGGCCAAGGAAAGCCUUGUUCCUGACAAACACCUUGGAGUCACAAUAUCAUCUGUAGAACUGAUGGAUAAAGAAUCAGACUUACCUAUAAAAAAGUCACCAGUUAAGAAAAAAGUAUCAUUCCUGUUGGAAGAACAACAACCCAAAUUGAUGAUCAUGGAAAUUCAACCUCUAGAAAGUGAGAGGGAUAUGGAAGACAGAGAACACAAAAGACAACAUGUGGAAGCAAAGGCCAACAUUGUCAAAGACACAAAAACAACAAUAACAUUUGCAAAACCCAUAAGGCAAGACAAAGAUGAACAGCAACAGACAGAACAAAUACAUAAGGAAGAACGAGAGGUACAAACUGAUACACCAACACAAAAAACUCUAUCCUAUAUAGACAAAAGUGAAGAAGAAGAAGAGAACAAGGAUAAACCAACUGUAAAAGAACUACCAGAAGCACCAGUAAAAGAAAUUAAUGAAAUACCCAAAUUACCUGAAGAAGAGAAACCAGUAAUUGAGGAAGUUCCAGAUGAAAUGACAACCACAGAAAUCCAGACUGUAGUGACAAAGGAUGACAAGGGAAGGAAGAAGAUUGUCAAGAAGAAAGUUAUCAAGACUAUUAAGCAAGGUGUUGAACAUGUUACUGAAGAAACGCCCACUGAAGGAGUGAUCACAGAUGAACAGUGCACAACAUCGCCCGAAAUAGAAUCUGUAGUACCAGACAUUGUCAAAGAAGAUCUUGAUCAAGUUACAAUAACUGAAGUAGAGACAAUUUCACCUGAUGACAAAGGUGUGAAGAAAGUGGUCAAGAAGAAACUCAUCAAAAAGGUCAAGGGUGGAAAAGAAGAAGUAACUGUCCUACAAGAGGAUAAACCAACUGUUGAAGAACUACCAGAAGCACUAGUUGAAGAGACCAAAGAAAUACCCACACAAGACCAAAGAAAUACCCAAAUUACUGAAGAAGAGAAACCAGUAAUUGAGGAAGUUCCAGAUGAAAUGACAACCACAGAAAUCCAGACUGUAGUGACAAAGGAUGACAAGGGAAGGAAGAAGAUUGUCAAGAAAAAAGUGGUCAAGACUAUCAAGCAAGGGGUUGAACAGGUUACUGAAGAAACACCCACUGAAGGAGUGAUCACAGAUGAACAGUGCACAACAUUGCCCGAAAUAGAAUCUGUAGUACCAGACAUUGUCAAAGAAGAUCUUGAUCAAGUUACAAUAACUGAAGUAGAGUCAAUUGUACCUGAUGACAAAGGUGUGAAGAAGGUGGUCAAGAAGAAACUCAUCAAAAAGGUCAAGGGUGGAAAAGAAGAAGUAACUGUCCUACAAGAGGAUAAACCAACUGUUGAAGAACUACCAGAAGCACUAGUUGAAGAGACCAAAGAAAUACCCAAAUUACCUGAAGAAGAGAAACCAGUUAUUGAGGAAGUUCCAGAUGAAAUGACAACCACAGAAAUCCAGACUGUAGUGACAAAGGAUGACAAGGGAAGGAAGAAGAUUGUCAAGAAAAAAGUGGUCAAGACUAUCAAGCAAGGGGUUGAACAGGUUACUGAAGAAACACCCACUGAAGUGAUCACUGAUGAACAGUGCACAACAAUGCCCGAAAUAGAAUCUGUAGUACCAGACAUUGUCAAAGAAGAUCUUGAUCAAGUUACAAUAACUGAAGUAGAGUCAAUUGUACCUGAUGACAAAGGUGUGAAGAAGGUGGUCAAGAAGAAACUCAUCAAGAAGGUGAAGGGUGGAAAAGAAGAAGUAACUGUCCUACAAGAGGAUAAACCAACUGUUGAAGAACUACCAGAAGCACCAGUAGAAGAGACGAAAGAAAUACCCAAAUUACCUGAAGAAGAGAAACCAGUAAUUGAGGAAGUUCCAGAUGAAAUGACAACCACAGAAAUCCAGACUGUAGUGACAAAGGAUGACAAGGGAAGGAAGAAGAUUGUCAAGAAAAAAGUGGUCAAGACUAUCAAGCAAGGGGUUGAACAGGUUACUGAAGAAACACCCACUGAAGGAGUGAUCACUGAUGAACAGUGCACAACAUUGCCCGAAAUAGAAUCUGUAGUACCAGACAUUGUCAAAGAUGAUCUUGAUCAAGUUACAAUAACUGAAGUAGAGACAAUUGUACCUGAUGACAAAGGUGUGAAGAAGGUGGUCAAGAAGAAACUCAUCAAGAAGGUGAAGGGUGGAAAAGAAGAAGUAACUGUCCUACAAGAGGAUAAACCAACUGUAGAAGAACUACCAGAAGCACCAGUAGAAGAGACGAAAGAAAUACCCAAAUUACCUGAAGAAGAGAAACCAGUAAUUGAGGAAGUUCCAGAUGAAAUGACAACCACAGAAAUCCAGACUGUAGUGACAAAGGAUGACAACGGGAAGAAGAAGGUUGUCAAGAAAAAAGUGGUCAAGACUAUCAAGCAAGGGGUUGAACAGGUUACUGAAGAAACACCCACUGAAGGAGUGAUCACUGAUGAACAGUGCACAACAUUGCCCGAAAUAGAAUCUGUAGUACCAGACAUUGUCAAAGAUGAUCUUGAUCAAGUUACAAUAACUGAAGUAGAGGGUGUGAAGAAGGUGGUCAAGAAGAAACUCAUCAAGAAGGUGAAGGGUGGAAAAGAAGAAGUAACUGUCCUACAAGAGGAUAAACCAACUGUUGAAGAACUACCAGAAGCACCAGUAGAAGAGACGAAAGAAAUACCCAAAUUACCUGAAGAAGAGAAACCAGUAAUUGAGGAAGUUCCAGAUGAAAUGACAACCACAGAAAUCCAGACUGUAGUGACAAAGGAUGACAAGGGAAGGAAGAAGAUUGUCAAGAAAAAAGUGGUCAAGACUAUCAAGCAAGGUGUUGAACAGGUUACUGAAGAAACACCCACUGAAGGAGUGAUCACUGAUGAACAGUGCACAACAUUGCCCGAAAUAGAAUCUGUAGUACCAGACAUUGUCAAAGAUGAUCUUGAUCAAGUUACAAUAACUGAAGUAGAGACAAUUGUACCUGAUGACAAAGGUGUGAAGAAGGUGGUCAAGAAGAAACUCAUCAAGAAGGUGAAGGGUGGAAAAGAAGAAGUAACUGUCCUACAAGAGGAUAAACCAACUGUUGAAGAACUACCAGAAGCACCAGUUGAAGAGACCAAAGAAAUACCCAAAUUACCUGAAGAAGAGAAACCAAUAAUUGAGGAAGUUCCAGAUGAAAUGACAACCACAGAAAUCCAGACUGUAGUGACAAAGGAUGACAAGGGAAGGAAGAAGAUUGUCAAGAAAAAAGUGGUCAAGACUAUCAAGCAAGGUGUUGAACAGGUUACUGAAGAAACACCUUCUGAAGGAGUCAUCACUGAUGAACAGUGCACAACAUUGCCCGAAAUAGAAUCUGUAGUACCAGACAUUGUCAAAGAAGAUCUUGAUCAAGUUACAAUAACUGAAGUAGAGACAAUUGUACCUGAUGACAAGGUAAGAGAAACCAGUAUUGAGGAAGUUCCAGAUGAAAUGAUAACCACAGAAAUCCAGACUGUAGUGACAAAUGAUGAUAAGGGAAGGAAGAAGAUUGUCAAGAAAAAAGUGGUCAAGACUAUCAAGCAAGGGGUUGAACAGGUUACUGAAGAAACACCCACUGAAGGAGUGAUCACAGAUGAACAGUGCACAACAUUGCCCGAAAUAGAAUCUGUAGUACCAGACAUUGUCAAAGGAGAUGUAGAUCAAGUUACAAUAACUGAAGUAGAGUCAAUUGUACCUGAUGACAAAGGUGUGAAGAAGGUGGUCAAGAAGAAACUCAUCAAGAAGGUAAAGGGUGGAAAAGAAGAAGUAACUGUCCUACAAGAGGAUAAACCAACUGUUGAAGAACUACCAGAAGCACCAGUUGAAGAGACCAAAGAAAUACCCAAAUUACCUGAAGAAGAGAAACCAAUAAUUGAGGAAGUUCCAGAUGAAAUGAUAACCACAGAAAUCCAGACUGUAGUGACAAAGGAUGACAAGGGAAGGAAGAGGAUUGUCAAGAAAAAAGUGGUCAAGACUAUCAAGCAAGGGGUUGAACAGGUUACUGAAGAAACACCCACUGAAGGAGUGAUCACUGAUGAACAGUGCACAACAUUAGGAACUACCAGAAGCACCAGUAGAAGAGACAAAAGAAAUACCCAAUUACCUGAAGAAGAGAAACCAGUAAUUGAGGAAGUUCCAGAUGAAAUGACAACCACAGAAAUCCAGACUGUAGUGACAAAGGAUGACAACGGGAAGAAGAAGGUUGUCAAGAAAAAAGUGGUCAAGACCAUCAAGCAAGGUGUUGAACAGGUUACUGAAGAAACACCCACUGAAGGAGUGAUCACUGAUGAACAGUACACAACAUUGUCCGAAAUAGAAUCUGUAGUACCAGACAUUGUCAAAGAAGAUCUUGAUCAAGUUACAAUAACUGAAGUAGAGACAAUUGUACCUGAUGACAAAGGUGUGAAGAAGGUGGUCAAGAAGAAACUCAUCAAGAAGGUGAAGGGUGGAAAAGAAGAAGUAACUGUCCUAAAAGAGGAUAAACCAACUGUUGAAGAACUACCAGAAGCACCAGUUGAAGAGACCAAAGAAAUACCCAAAUUACCUGAAGAAGAGAAACCAGUAAUUGAGGAAGUUCCAGAUGAAAUGACAACCACAGAAAUCCAGACUGUAGUGACAAAGGAUGACAAGGGAAGGAAGAAGAUUGUCAAGAAAAAAGUGGUCAAGACUAUCAAGCAAGGUGUUGAACAGGUUACUGAAGAAACACCUUCUGAAGGAGUCAUCACUGAUGAACAGUGCACAACAUUGCCCGAAAUAGAAUCUGUAGUACCAGACAUUGUCAAAGAAGAUCUUGAUCAAGUUACAAUAACUGAAGUAGAGACAAUUGUACCUGAUGACAAGAAGAAGAAGAUUGUCAAGAAAAAAGUGGUCAAGACUAUCAAGCAAGGGGUUGAACAGGUUACUGAAGAAACACCCACUGAAGGAGUGAUCACUGAUGAACAGUGCACAACAUUGCCCGAAAUAGAAUCUGUAGUACCAGACAUUGUCAAAGAAGAUCUUGAUCAAGUUACAAUAACUGAAGUAGAGACAAUUGUACCUGAUGACAAAGGUGUGAAGAAGGUGGUUAAGAAGAAACUCAUCAAGAAGGUGAAGGGUGGAAAAGAAGAAGUAACUGUCCUACAAGAGGAUAAACCAACUGUUGAAGAACAACCUGAAGCACCAGUUGAAGAGACCAAAGAAACUUUAAAACUUCCAGUGGAAAAUGAUUCACACAUUGAAGAAGUAAUAGAUGAAUUGACAACCGGAGAUGUACUUUCAUUUGAGACAGAAGAUGACAAGAAUGUGUUACAAGAGGAGAAACUCACAGUUGAGGAUAUUUUGGAUAGUCCAUUACUACCAGAAAAUGAGAUUUCUGAGUUACCUUCUAAUCAAAGUGAUGUUUCUCCCAUUUCCCCUGAUACUGAGCUUCUUGGUAUCAAAAAGAAGAAGAAAGUCACUUUUUCCAAUGUUAAUGAAACCAGGGUCAUUGAAGAAACAGUACAUGAUGAUGAACCUCCUAAACCGAAAAUCAGCAAGCCCAAGAAAACACUUGUGAAACCUUCUGACAUUGUUGAAUUCCUUCCUGUAAUGGAAACAGUUGCUGUUUAUGAUGAAUUUGGAAACGAUGCACUAGAAGGGGAUGAUGUUGGUAGCUUGCUACAUGAUAUCUUGAAGAAGGUUAAAUCUCCAAUCAUACCUGAAUCUCGUGAAAUCGAUCUUGGCUCACUUGAGCUUGGUAGUGUACAUCCAAAGAAGAAGAAGAAGAAACCAGAUAGCAGUGCCAAACUAGAAUCCAAUCUCACACAACACUCUACUCAGCCUGAACAGAGUUCAGCUCCUGCUCCUGUUACAACAGAACAUCAUGUUUCUGAGAACACAGAUGGAACAACAGCACAACAACACAAACCACCACAGGCAGACACAUCAUCUACACUACAGACUGAACACAUAACACAAAAUACAGACAUGAACAGAACACAACUGGUUCUUGAUAGAACAGAAUACAUAGAGAAAAAUUACAAGGAUGAGAUAUUGGAUCUACCAGAAGAAAAGAAGCCAGUGAAUGAAGAAUUACCAGAUGAAUCGUCUACUACAGAGAUACAUACAAUAAUAACAAAGGAUGAUGAAGUUACAAUAACCGAUAUGGAGAAAAAAGAACCUGAUGAAGAUGUUGUUAAGAAAGUAGUCAUGAAGAAACUCAUCAAGAAGGUCAAGGGUGGAAAAGGAGAAAUAACUGUCCUACAAGAGGAUAAACCAACUGUUGGAGAACUACCAGAAGCACCAGUUGAAGAGACCAAAGAAAUACCCAAAUUACCUCAAGAAGAGAAACCAGUAAUUGAGGAAGUUCCAGAUGAAAUGACAACCACAGAAAUCCAGACUGUAGUGACAAAGGAUGACAAGGGAAGGAAGAAGAUUGUCAAGAAGAAAGUUAUCAAGACUAUUAAGCAAGGUGUUGAACAGGUUACUGAAGAAACACCCACUGAAGUGAUCACUGAUGAACAGUGCACAACAAUGCCCGAAAUAGAAUCUUUAGUACCAGACAUUGUCAAAGAUGAUCUUGAUCAAGUUACAAUAACUGAAGUAGAGACAAUUGUACCAGAUGACAAAGGUGUGAAGAAGGUGGUCAAGAAGAAACUCAUCAAGAAGGUGAAGGGUGGAAAAGAAGAAGUAACUGUCCUACAAGAGGAUAAACCAACUGUAGAAGAACUACCAGAAGCACCAGUAGAAGAGACGAAAGAAAUACCCAAAUUACCUGAAGAAGAGAAACCAGUAAUUGAGGAAGUUCCAGAUGAAAUGACAACCACAGAAAUCCAGACUGUAGUGACAAAGGAUGACAACGGGAAGAAGAAGGUUGUCAAGAAAAAAGUGGUCAAGACUAUCAAGCAAGGAGUUGAACAGGUUACUGAAGAAAUACCCACUGAAGGAGUGAUCACUGAUGAACAGUGCACAACAUUGCCCGAAAUAGAAUCUGUAGUACCAGACAUUGUCAAAGAUGAUCUUGAUCAAGUUACAAUAACUGAAGUAGAGACAAUUGUACCUGAUGACAAAGGUGUGAAGAAAGUGGUCAAGAAGAAACUCAUCAAGAAGGUGAAGGAUGGAAAAGAAGAAGUAACUGUCCUACAAGAUGAUAAAACAAUUGUAGAAGAACAACCUGAAGCUCCAAUUGGAGAAACCAGAGAAAUACCCAAAUUAUCAGAAGAAGAGAAACCAGUAAUUGAAGAAGUUCCAGAUGAUAUGACAACCACAGAAAUCCAGACUGUAGUGACAAAGGAUGACAAGGGAAGGAAGAAGAUUGUCAAGAAGAAAGUUAUCAAGACUAUUAAGCAAGGUGUUGAACAGGUUACUGAAGAAACACCACUGAAGGAAAGAGAACCAAUAAUUGAGGAAGUUCCAGAUGAAAUGACAACCACAGAAAUCCAGACUGUAGUGACAAAGGAUGACAAGGGAAGGAAGAAGAUUGUCAAGAAAAAAGUGGUCAAGACUAUCAAGCAAGGUGUUGAACAGGUUACUGAAGAAACACCCACUGAAGGAGUGAUCACAGAUGAACAGUGCACAACAUUGCCCGAAAUAGAACCGGUAGUACCAGACAUUGUCAAAGAAGAUGUAGAUCAAGUUACAAUAACUGAAGUAGAGACAAUUGUACCUGAUGACAAAGGUGUGAAGAAGGUGGUCAAGAAGAAACUCAUCAAAAAGGUCAAGGGUGGAAAAGAAGAAGUAACUGUCUUACAAGAGGAUAAACCAACUGUUAAAGAACUACCAGAAGCACCAGUAGAAGAAACCAAAGAAAUUCCCAAAUUACCUGAAGAAGUAAAACCAAUAAUUGAGGAAGUUCCAGAUGAAAUGACAACCACAGAAAUCCAGACUGUAGUGACAAAGGAUGACAAGGGAAGGAAGAAGAUUGUCAAGAAAAAAGUGGUCAAGACUAUCAAGCAAGGGGUUGAACAGGUUACUGAAGAAACACCCACUGAAGGAGUGAUCACUGAUGAACAGUGCACAACAUUGCCUGAAAUUGAAUCUGUAGUACCAGAUAUUGUCAAAGAUGAUCUUGAUCAAGUUACAAUAACCGAAGUAGAGACAAUUGUACCUGAUGACAAAGGUGAGAAGAAAGUGGUCAAGAAGAAAGUCAUCAAGACGAUUAAGGAUGGAAAAGAAGAAGUAACUGUCCUACAAGAUGAUAAACCUAUUGUAGAAGAACAACCUGAAGCUCCAAUUGGAGAGACCAAAGAAAUACCCAACUUAUCUGAAGAAGAGAAACCAGUAAUUGAGGAAGUUCCAGAUGAAAUGACAACCACAGAAAUCCAGACUGUAGUUACAAAGGAUGACAAUGGAAAGAAGAAAAUUGUCAAGAAGAAAGUUGUCAAGACUAUCAAGCAAGGCGUUGAGCAGGUCACUGAAGAAACACCCACUGAAGGAGUGAUCACUGAUGAACAGUGCACAACAUUGCCUGAAAUUGAAUCUGUAGUACCAGACAUUGUCAAAGAUGAGCUUGAUCAAGUUACAUUAACUGAAGUAGAGACAAUUGUACCAGAUGACAAAGGUGUGAAGAAGGUGGUCAAGAAGAAACUCAUCAAAAAGGUCAAAGGUGGAAAAGAAGAAGUAACUGUCCUACAAGAGGAUCAACCACCUGUAGAAGAACUACCAGAAGCACCAGUUGAAGAGACCAAAGAAAUACCCAAAUUACCUGAAGAAGAGAAACCAGUUAUUGAGGAAGUUCCAGAUGAAAUGACAACCACAGAAAUCCAGACUGUAGUGACAAAGGAUGACAAGGGAAGGAAGAAGAUUGUCAAGAAGAAAGUUAUCAAGACUAUUAAGCAAGGUGUUGAACAGGUUACUGAAGAAACACCCACUGAAGGAGUGAUCACUGAUGAACAGUGCACAACAUUGCCCGAAAUAGAAUCUGUAGUACCAGACAUUGUCAAAGAAGAUCUUGAUCAAGUUACAAUAACUGAAGUAGAGACAAUUGUACCUGAUGACAAAGGUGUGAAGAAGGUGGUCAAGAAGAAGUCAUCAAGACGAUUAAGGAUGAAAGAAGAAGUAACUGUCCUACAAGAGGAUAAACCAACUGUAGAAGAACUACCAGAAGCACCAAUUGGAGAGACCAAAGAAAUACCCAACUUAUCUGAAGAAGAGAAACCAGUAAUUGAGGAAGUUCCAGAUGAAAUGACAACCACAGAAAUCCAGACUGUAGUUACAAAGGAUGACAAUGGAAAGAAGAAAAUUGUCAAGAAGAAAGUUGUCAAGACUAUCAAGCAAGGCGUUGAGCAGGUCACUGAAGAAACACCCACUGAAGGAGUGAUCACUGAUGAACAGUGCACAACAUUGCCUGAAAUUGAAUCUGUAGUACCAGAUAUUGUCAAAGAUGAUCUUGAUCAAGUUAUCAUAACUGAAGUAGAGACAAUUGUACCAGAUGACAAAGGUGUGAAGAAGGUGGUCAAGAAGAAACACAUCAAAAAGGUCAAAGGUGGAAAAGAAGAAGUAACUGUCCUACAAGAGGAUCAACCACCUGUAGAAGAACUACCAGAAGUACCAGUUGAAGAGACCAAAGAAAUACCCAAAUUACCUGAAGAAGAGAAACCAGUUAUUGAGGAAGUUCCUGAUGAAGUGACAACCACAGAAAUCCAGACUGUAGUUACAAAGGAUGACAAUGGAAAGAAGAAAAUUGUCAAGAAGAAAGUUGUCAAAACUAUCAAGCAAGGCGUUGAGCAGGUCACUGAAGAAACACCCACUGAAGGAGUGAUCACUGAUGAACAGUGCACAACAUUGCCUGAAAUUGAAUCUUUAGUACCAGAUAUCGUCAAAGAUGAUCUUGAUCAAGUUAUAAUAACUGAAGUAGAGACAAUUGUACCUGAUGACAAAGGUGAGAAGAAAGUGGUCAAGAAGAAAGUCAUCAAGACGAUUAAGGAUGGAAAAGAAGAAGUAACUGUCCUACAAGAGGAUCAACCACCUGUAGAAGAACUACCAGAAGUACCAGUUGAAGAGACCAAAGAAAUACCCAAAUUACCUGAAGAAGAGAAACCAGUUAUUGAGGAAGUUCCGAUGAUGACAACCACAGAAAUCCAGACUGUAGUUACAAAGGAUGACAAUGGAAAGAAGAAAAUUGUCAAGAAGAAAGUUGUCAAGACUAUCAAGCAAGGCGUUGAGCAGGUCACUGAAGAAACACCCACUGAAGGAGUGAUCACUGAUGAACAGUGCACAACAUUGCCUGAAAUUGAAUCUGUAGUACCAGACAUUGUCAAAGAUGAGCUUGAUCAAGUUACAUUAACUGAAGUAGAGACAAUUGUACCAGAUGACAAAGGUGUGAAGAAGGUGGUCAAGAAGAAACACAUCAAAAAGGUCAAAGGUGGAAAAGAAGAAGUAACUGUCCUACAAGAGGAUCAACCACCUGUAGAAGAACUACCAGAAGUACCAGUUGAAGAGACCAAAGAAAUACCCAAAUUACCUGAAGAAGAGAAACCAGUUAUUGAGGAAGUUCCCGAUGAAGUGACAACCACAGAAAUCCAGACUGUAGUUACAAAGGAUGACAUUGGAAAGAAGAAAAUUGUCAAGAAGAAAGUUGUCAAAACUAUCAAGCAAGGCGUUGAGCAGGUCACUGAAGAAACACCCACUGAAGGAGUGAUCACUGAUGAACAGUGCACAACAUUGCCUGAAAUUGAAUCUGUAGUACCAGAUAUCGUCAAAGAUGAUCUUGAUCAAGUUAUAAUAACUGAAGUAGAGACAAUUGUACCUGAUGACAAAGGUGUGAAGAAGGUGGUCAAGAAGAAACUCAUCAAAAAGGUCAAAGGUGGAAAAGAAGAAGUAACUGUCCUACAAGAGGAUCAACCACCUGUAGAAGAACUACCAGAAGCACCAGUUGAAGAGACCAAAGAAAUACCCAAAUUACCUGAAGAAGAGAAACCAGUUAUUGAGGAAGUUCCCGAUGAAGUGACAACCACAGAAAUCCAGACUGUAGUUACAAAGGAUGACAAUGGAAAGAAGAAAAUUGUCAAGAAGAAAGUUGUCAAAACUAUCAAGCAAGGCGUUGAGCAGGUCACUGAAGAAACACCCACUGAAGGAGUGAUCACUGAUGAACAGUGCACAACAUUGCCUGAAAUUGAAUCUGUAGUACCAGAUAUUGUCAAAGAUGAUCUUGAUCAAGUUACAAUAACCGAAGUAGAGACAAUUGUACCUGAUAACAGAGGUGUAAAGAAAGUGGUCAAGAAGAAACUCAUCAGAACGGUUAAGGAUGGAAAAGAAGAAGUAACUGUCCUACAAGAUGAUAAACCAACUGUAGAAGAAUUACUAGAAUCACCAAUUGAAGAGAUGAAAGAAAUUCCCACAUCACCAGAAGAAGAGAGUAAAUACAUCACAGAUUCUCUCGUAAAUGAACAGAAAUUGCCUGGUCGAUCUCUCAAAUUGCCAAAAGAUUUCAUACCUGUGCCUUUGCCUGAAAUGGAUAAAAGACCUAUUGAACAUGAAGUAUUUGGUGAUAUUACUGGUGAUGAUGAGGGUAGUUUAAUCCAAAGUAUUCUUAAAAAGCUACCAAUCAUCUCUAUACCAGAUAGAUCAACAUCUUCCAGUAAUUUGUUCGAUUCAUCUCAUAUCCCAAAAUACAUUGAUGAUCAUCCUGAAGUUGAUCAUCCUGAUGAUACAACCAAUGGUGUGAAUAAUAUCACCAUGAACAAUGAUACUCAUAAGCCAUUUUUCGCUGAGGGAACAUCAGAAGGCACUGUAGAGGAUUCGAACAUGGAUUCUUGUGGACAGAUCCAUGCUUCCACUAGGAUCUCUUCUCCAGAUGAAGGAUUGCUUCAGGAUUCCAUCAAUAAAUCAUUGCUUAUAGCUCAUGAUCAGAACCAACUCAUCCCUGGUGAAAUUGAUAUUGAACCAGAAAAUGAUACACAACCUGCUGCAGACAAAAUCCAAUAUUUUCAUACAAAAGAGCCUUCUGACACUUGUGAACCUGAUUCUGAUGAAUUGCUUUCUCUUGAAGCAGACAAGCUUGAAGACUCUAUUGUUAUAGAAGAACCAGAACUUCACACAUUAACACAAUCUACUCAAUCUUUUGUAAUUGAAGAAAACGUGCUAGAUGCUAAUUCUGAAGCCCAUAUUCCUCUACACAUGAAAGAAGCCAAGAAACCCUCCAUUAGUAGAUCAAAUGAAUUGUAUACUGGAAUCACACCUCAGGAGAGUGGAGAAGAAUAUCCAGAGACACAACAUCCUCAAGAAAAGGAAGAUGGACAGUUACCCAAGAAGUUACUCAAGAAAAAGAAGAAGCCCAUGGUUGACCAUCCAAUACCUUCUGAUGAUAAGCCCAUUGAAGGUGAACAGUCUGAUAGACCUGAUGACUCGUCUGUGACUGAAAUCCCAAAUGAAAAUGUGGAAAAACAAGACAAGAAACCUCAAGAUAAAAGCAAAGCACUCCAGAAGAUGACAUUGGAAAAAUUAGAAAUGAAGGAAAAUAAACCAACUAAACUCAAAUAUGUAGAAAAAGAUGAACUUCCAUUGUUUGCUCAAGUGAAAUUGAAAAAAGCUUCGGUUGUACCAAGAAAAGUUUCUCAACCUGCAGUUGUAGUUCCCAAAGUACUCCUUAAGAGUAAUUUGAAGAGAAUUGAAUGGCCUCCAAAAGAGAGACAUCUGAUUAUUUCUGAAAUCAAUGCUGUACCUGAUAAUGGUAUACUAUCAAGAAAUUAUGCUGAAGCAAUGAAGAUAAAGAAGAAAAAGCCUAUAAAGAUAAAACUUCCUGAUUUAGAAAGGGCAAAAUUAGAGACUUAUGAGCCAAGCAAUUACAGUAAAGAAGUGCUUACAGAAAAUCUCCCACAAUCAGUUAAGCAAUUUGAUGUUGUAAAGCCUAUUGAGAGAGAGGAUGCAAGAGAUCUCAAUAUUGAAUUGGGCAAGGGAGUUUUACCUUUAGAUAUGAGUAAUGAUGAAAACAUAAAGUUGAAACCUUUCAAGCCAAAAGAUGAAGACAUCAAGGAUGCUCCCACAGAGAAGAAGGAACCUUUAAAGGACCUUGAAUGUGUCCAGUUACCUAUGAAGAUUGAUGAGCCAUUGAAACUGGAACCUUUCGAUAAAAUUGGUUUGAUUGAUGUAACACGUAUUGAUACUCGAGAUGAGAAACCUGAUGAGCCCACAGAUGAGGAUAAAACAGAGAAAAAUAAGCCAAGAAGAACAGUUGAAAAAUCUGUGCCCAAGCAAGAUUUGCCUGAUGAUAAACCAUUGAUCCCAGGUAAACCAAAGCAAAUCAAGCCAGAAAUACCAGAAGAAAUCAAUCUUAUCAAAGCUCAGGGUGAAUUAUCACCUGAACCUUCAGAUAAAAUCUUCUUGAAACCUUUCAAAAAGGAAAAACCACAAGAAGAUGAUGAACCAAAACAAUUAAAUAUAGGAAAGCCAAAGCCUUUUGACCAAGAUAGGGAGGAAAGUGUAAUUGAACCAUUGAAGUUUGAUGAUACUGAUGAUAAGACCAAAAAGAAGAAGAAGAAGAAAAAGUUAACACCAUUAUUGUCUGAACAGGAUGGAGAAAAUGUUGAACUUCCAAAGAAAGAAGAUGAAAUGAGACCUGAGAGUAAAGAUGAAAUCAAGCCAGAAAGUGAUAUUGUGCAAAAAGAAUCAACAGUUUUUGAAAUGGCUCAUCCUAUAGAAAAGCCUGGAAAAGUGAAUAUUGAAUUGAAACCAAAUGAACUGAAGGAUUGUGAGCACAAGGAGGAACCUAUCAAACUUAAAAAGUCACUUCCAAAGAAAAAGGUUGAAGAAUCAAAAUUAUUGGAGCCAAUACAAAAGCCAUUGUUAAAAAGCCGUAUUAAAAGGAUUCCUUAUCCUCCAGAAGAGCAAAUACCAAAAAUUUCUCUAUUACCCAAAGUAACAAUAGACAAUGGAGUAUUAUCCAGAAAUUAUAAAGAGUCAUUGAAAGUCAAAAAACAAAAGCUGAAACUUGAGAAACUUCCAGAUCUAGAAUCAGCAGAACUUGAAAAGUUCGAACCAAUGGAUGUAACUCCACAUAAACCAGAGAAACUUGAAAAAGAACAAAAAAUACCAUCAAAACCAAUUUUGAAGAAUGAAGAAGGAUUGCCAGGAACAACCCAGAUUGAUAUUGGAGAAGGUGUCAUACCUGAGAAUCAAAAUGAAAAAGAGACUGUUACUUUGAAGCCAUUUACCAAAGACUUACCAGAUAAAGCACCUUCAGAGAAAUCACCUGAAGGUCCUCUCCAACAAAAACACCCAGGAAGAAAGCUAGUAGAAGAAAAUGAAGAAGAUAUCAACUUCAAGAAACAAGUUCCAGAAGAGAAGACUGAAGAGGUUACAUCUGAAAAAGUCAUUAACAAGAAAAAACCAAAGACAAAAACAGCUGAAGAAGUUGUAGUAGAUAUACCAAUUAAAGAAGAAGUACCACAAGAAGAACCAAAAGAGGCACUUUCUGAAACAGUUGUGAAGAGGAAGAAGACAAAGGCACAACCUGUUGAAGAAGCUGCAGAAGAAAUAACGAUCAAGAAGGAAGUUCCUGAAGAUAAGCCUGAAGAAGCUACUUCUGAGGUGGUUGUGAAGAAGAAGAAGCCAAAGGCAAAACCUGUUGAGGAAGUUGCAGAAGAAAUAACAAUCAAGAAGGAAGUUCCUGAAGAUAAGCCCGAAGAAGCGACUUCUGAGGUGGUUGUGAAGAAAAAGAAGCCAAAGGCACAACCUGUUGAAGAAGCUGCAGAAGAAAUUACAAUCAAGAAGGAAGUUCCUGAAGAAGUUACUUCUGAGGUAGUUGUAAAGAAGAAGAAGCCAAAGGCACAACCUGUUGAAGAAGCAGCAGAAGAAAUAACUAUCAAGAAGGAAGUUCCUGAAGAUAAGCCGAAGAAGUUACUUCUGAGGUGGUGUAAAGAAGAAGAAGCCAAAGCACAACCUGUUGAAGAAGUGCAGAAGAAAUAUUGUAAAGAAGAAGAAGCCAAAGGCACAACUGUUGAAGAAGCAGCAGAAGAAAUAACUAUCAAGAAGGAAGUUCUGAAGAUAAGCCUGAAGAAAAGAAAUAACUAUCAAAAGGAAGUUCCUGAAGAUAAGCCCGAAGAAGUUACUUCUGAGGUGGUUGUAAAGAAGAAGAAGCCAAAGCCACAACCUGUUGGAGAAGUUGCAGAAGAAAUAACAAUCAAGAAGGAAGUUCCUGAAGAUAAGCCUGAAGAAGUUACUUCUGAGGUGGUUGUUAAGAAGAAGAAGCCAAAGGCACAACCUGUUGAAGAAGCUGCAGAAGAAAUAACAAUCAAGAAGGAAGUUCCUGAAGAUAAGCCUGAAGAAGUUACUUCUGAGGUGGUUGUAAAGAAGAAGAAGCCAAAGGCACCACCUGUUGAAGAAGUUGCAGAAGAAAUAACUAUCAAGAAGGAAGUUCCUGAAGAUAAGCCUGAAGAAGUUACUUCUGAGGUGGUUGUAAAGAAGAAGAAGCCAAAGGCACCACCUGUUGAAGAAGUUGCAGAAGAAAUAACAAUCAAGAAAGAGGUUCCUGAAGAUAAGCCCGAAGAAGUUACUUCUGAGGUGGUUGUAAAGAAGAAGAAGCCAAAGGCACAACCUGUUGAAGAAGUUGCAGAAGAAAUAACAAUCAAGAAGGAAGUUCCUGAAGAUAAGCCUGAAGAAGUUACUUCUGAGGUGGUUGUAAAGAAGAAGAAGCCAAAGGCAAAACCUGUUGAGGAAGUUGCAGAAGAAAUAACAAUCAAGAAGGAAGUUCCUGAAGAUAAGCCCGAAGAAGCGACUUCUGAGGUGGUUGUGAAGAAAAAGAAGCCAAAGGCACAACCUGUUGAAGAAGCUGCAGAAGAAAUUACAAUCAAGAAGGAAGUUCCUGAAGAAGUUACUUCUGAGGUAGUUGUAAAGAAGAAGAAGCCAAAGGCACAACCUGUUGAAGAAGCAGCAGAAGAAAUAACUAUCAAGAAGGAAGUUCCUGAAGAUAAGCCUGAAGAAGUCAAUUCUGAGGUGGUUGUAAAGAAGAAGAAGCCAAAGGCACAACCUGUUGAAGAAGUUGCAGAAGAAAUAACAAUCAAGAAGGAAGUUCCUGAAGAUAAGCCUGAAGAAGUCACUUCUGAGGUGGUUGUAAAGAAGAAGAAGCCAAAGGCACAACCUGUUGAAGAAGCAGCAGAAGAAAUAACUAUCAAGAAGGAAGUUCCUGAAGAUAAGCCUGAAGAAGUCACUUCUGAGGUGGUUGUAAAGAAGAAGAAGCCAAAGGCACAACCUGUUGAAGAAGCAGCAGAAGAAAUAACUAUCAAGAAGGAAGUUCCUGAAGAUAAGCCUGAAGAAGUUACUUCUGAGGUGGUUGUAAAGAAGAAGAAGCCAAAGGCACAACCUGUUGAUGAUGAUGUUAGCAAAGAUGUCACAAUUCGUAAAUCUUCUUUCACUAAAAGUAAUGAAGAGGAAGUUAGCAACAACGUUGUUCUCAUGAAAAGACAGACCAAGAAGGAAGUGGAGGAAGCUGAUAAUAGUGUCACCAUUAAAAAGCUUGUUCCACUUGAAGAUGUGGAAGAUGUUGAAAGUAUCACAUUUGUUCCACGUAAAACAAAGAAGAAAGAGGACAUAGAGCAAGAAUUUAAUAUCCAAAUGAAAGACUAUGAGGAAGAAGAAGUUUCUCUCUCAGGUAAAGUUCGUUUACCCCGCAAACCCAAACCAUUUGUCCACUCUGAAGAUGCUAGUGCUGAAAUGACAAUUGAACAAAUAGUUGAAGAACCUGAAAGUCCAGCUGCUGAUGUUAAGUUCCCACUGAGAAGGAAAUCAUCAAUCACUCCAUACAGCAUUGAGGAAACUGAAGAGUCUUUCCAAGUUGGAUUCAAACAACAACCAAGACACAGUGUUGUUUAUGAAGAAGAAUCGUUGGAGCUGAAAGUCAAGAGAAGACCAUCAAAGCCUGUCAUUCCCACUUUCCAUCAAGAGGAUGCUACUCUCAGUAUAACCAAGGAGGAAGUUAUUUCAGAGCGAGAUGUAUCUAUGACCGAAAGCCAUGAAGGCGAUGCAUUGUAUUCCAUUUGCUCUUAUGAGGCUGAAAAUGAAGAUGCUUUGAGUUUGGUGGAAGGAGAGAAGGUUUAUGUUAUAGAGAGUACUAGCUCAGACUGGUGGUUCGUGCAGAAACAUCUCACUGAAGAAAAAGGCUGGGUGCCAGCUGUUUAUUUGAGAGACGAGCCCAGCUACACUCUCUAUAUACAAAAGAAAUUACAUGAGAAAAUCGAUAAACUUCCUAUUUUUGAAAAACCAGGCCCAGGAGAUGAAGUGUUCGCACCUAGGUUUGUUGAAAAGCUGCAGCCGAAGCAUGCUCCUGAUGGUGCCACCAUACAGUUCGAAUGCCAAGUUGAAGGAAAUCCCAGACCACAGAUCACAUGGUUCAGACAAACGGCCAUCAUCAAACCUUCUCCAGACUUCCAGAUAUUCUAUGACGAAGACAAUGUGGCGACACUUAUUAUCAAGGAAGUGUUCCCUGAGGACGCCGGUGCGUUCACGUGUGUGGCGAAGAACGCUGCAGGAUUCGCUUCAAGCACCACCGAACUCAUCGUCGAAGCACCACUGUCAGACCAUGGAUCGGAUGCCACUGGACUUUCAAGGAAGAGUUUGUCGCGAGAAUCAUCACUGGCCGAUAUCCUGGAAGGUAUCCCACCAACCUUCUCCAAGAAACCGAAGGCAAAGGUGGUGGACAAGGGUGAAGACGUCGAGUUGGAAGUGCGCCUUGUGGCUGUUCCCGAACCGGAAGUCACGUGGCUGCUCAACGGAAAGCAAAUCAAACAAUCCGACCGGGUAAAGUUGGUCACACAGUCUGACAUGCACAUGUACAGCAGCAUUCUAACCAUCAACAACUCGGACAACACUGAUCAAGGACAGUACACGGUUAUUGCUAAAAACAGAGAGGGUGAAGCUUCACUCGACAUUGUUGUCAAGGUGAAGUCUGGCGCUGCUGAACCGCCAGAAAUUGUGGAGCCGCUCCAAGAUGUGGUCAUUUUCGAAGGCGAAGGAGCCAUCUUGACAACUCAGAUAACUGGCAACCCAACACCGGAAGUGAAAUGGCUGAAGAACGGAAAGGCAGCACCCGAUCUGCCGACCACUGUUCAGGACGACGUGCACACCUUGACUCUGGCCAAACUCACUCAUGCCGAUUCGGCGCGCUACACUGUCAAGGCUGUCAAUAAGCAUGGCAAGGCACAAACUAGUGCCACUCUCACAGUCCAAGAUUUCCCGGGGCCGCAAGCACCACUGUUCACGGACCGAUUCGAGGAGCAGACGGUGAAGGAGAAGGGAACCAUCCGGCUGGCGGCUAAAGUGAUCGGCAAUCCGACGCCGAUGGUCACGUGGUUCCGCAACAACAAGACGCUGCUGGCGUCGGUCAGGAACACCGAGCAGUUCGACGGCGAGAACAUUGUGCUCGAGAUCAGGGACGCCGACUCUGAGCUGGACUCGGGCGACUACAAGUGUGUGGCCAGCAACAGCGUCGGAACAGCCACGCACGGCGCUAGGAUCACUGUCGAUGUCGAGAAAGUCUUGUUCACGAAACAACUGGAAGAGCGUGUGGAGGUGAACGAGGCGGGAGUGGUGGUGCUGGAGUGCGAGACCUCGCACACUGUGUCCACCAAGUGGCACCACGCUGGUGUUGAGGUGAGCGGCAUGGACCACCGCGAGCUGGUGCAGGACGGACGCACGCACAAGCUCAUCAUCAAGAAGUGCAAGUCGUCGGACGCCGGCCAAUACACCUGCUCUGUCAAGGGUCAGCUCACCACCUCGCAAGUCUUCGUCAAAGAUAUGAAACCCGAUUUCACCAGAAUGCUAGAAGACAUCGAAGUCAAAGAAACAGAAGGCGCAAUUCUUGAAGUUGAAGUUACAUCAGAAACAGCAAAUGUCACUUGGCAUAAGGAUGGUGAACAAAUUACACCUUCUCGAGACAAAUUUGUGAUGGAAAAGAGGGGCAACAUCCGCAAGCUACUUAUCCGCAGCACAUCGGUCCACGAUGAGGGAGAGUACACAUGCUCGCUGGGAGAUCAGGAGUGCACAGCUGAAGUCACCGUCAUUGAAUUGCCCCCCGAGAUCAAGACAAAGCUACAGGACAUCACAGUGACUCGUGGCGAGAAGGCGAUUCUGGAGGUGGAGCUGACCAAGGGUGAUGCACUGGUGCGCUGGUUCAAGGACGACAAAGAGCUGCAGUUCAGUGAGCACGUGCAGCUGUCCAUCGAUGGCAAACGCCAGAAGCUCAAAAUCUACCAGGCUGAACUGUCUGACGGCGGCAUCUACUCCUGUAGAGUCGGUGAUCAAAUAUCGGAUGCCAGGGUCACUGUUGAAGAACCAGCAGUUGAAUUCAUUCUUGGUCUGCCUGAUGUAACAUUGGUGCCCGUUAAUAGUGACGCAGUAUUUACUGUACAACUAUCCAAUCCAGACGUGCCGGUUAAAUGGUUGAAGAAAGGAAAAGAGAUCAAGCCUUCAAGCAAGUACAUUAUUACAUCUGAUGGAGCAACGAGAACUCUGACCAUCAAGAAUGCCUCCAAUGAAGACCAGAGCGACUACACAUGUGUUGCCAUCAAUGUCAAAACAACUACCAAACUCAAAGUGGAAACAAUUGAAUCAGCACCAAAAAUCAUUCCAGAGAAGAAAGAGUACAGAGUAAAGAAGGGCGAAGAUAUAACGAUAUCUGUGAAAUUCACAUCUUGCCCUGCCCCGAAAGAGGAGUGGACCGUUAAUGGAACAGUUAUUAAAAAAUCCAAACGAAUGAAGCCAACUAUCGAUGAGAGCUGUGCGUCCCUGACAAUAACAAAGGUGGAGGAAGUCGAUGUUGGAGAAUACACUGUUGUUUUGACAAACAAACUUGGUGAAGCAUCAGAAAAACUUAGUGUCAUCAUUAUGGAGGUGCCUGGUGCUCCAAGCUCUCCCGAAAUAAUAGAAACAUCUGAUAACUCGGUAACACUGCAUUGGUCGAAGCCUAAAUUCGAUGGAAACUCUGAAAUCACCAACUACAUUUUGGAGUAUCACGAUAAGGAUGAAUUCUUGACAUGGCACGAAGUGAAAGAAACCAUAGUGGAGACAACAUAUACAGUGACCGGUCUGACAACUGGAGCGCAGUACAUGUUCAAGGUGUCAGCUGUCAACGAAAUAGGCAAAGGGCCAGCGUCCGAUCCAAGCAGCUACGCCACUGUCAGAAAACCCACUGGCUCCGAAGCGCCCGUCAUCAAGGAGCCACUCACUGACAAGUCAGUCAGUCCAGGCCAGGCCACCACACUUGAAGCGGUCAUUACUGGAGUACCAACACCUGAAGUCAAGUGGAUGAAAGAUGGAAAGGCACUGAAGAGCAAAGAUAUUACUUUCGAGAAGAGCGUGGCUAAAUAUGUACUCAAAGAAGCCAAAGAAACUUCAGGAGGUGUUUAUUCCAUAAAAGCAACCAACACUGCCGGAAGUGCCGAGUCUUCAUGCAAAGUUACUGUACAAGAAUCGCCGAAAUUGGAGGUUGAGCCAAAUCAAGAGAACCAGUGCCUACGAAUUAUGAGCCAAUGGAAGCCUGAAGUGAAAUUCAGUGGCUAUCCCAAACCAGACAUCAAAUGGACUAAAGACGAGGAUCUCAUCGAAUCAGAUAGCCGGUGCAAAAUCUAUGUGGAUGAGGCAACAUCCACCAUUGCUAUCUAUUCUGUCGAGAGGAAAGACACUGGCACCUAUGCAAUCAAAGCUACCAACUCUGCUGGAUCCGCUUAUCUUCAGUUAUCACUCAGAGUUAUUGAUAAACCUUCCAAACCUGAAGGACCGAUCACUGUCAGAGACAUGCAUAAAGACUCUGUCACGAUUGAAUGGAAUAAACCAAAAGACUGCGGAGGUUUGGAACUCAUCGGCUAUUUUGUGGAGAAAUGUGACAUUUCCAAAAUGGUUUGGACUAAGGUUGGUGAUGUAGAAAAAGAUUCCAACCACCUUACAAUAAGAAGGCUACAGGAAGAUAGUCAGUAUAUGUUCAGAGUGUUCGCGCAAAAUUCAGUUGGAAUCUCCGAAGCUCUUGAAAGUGAAACCGUGACAAUCAAAUCAACAAUGGACUAUCCUGGUGCUCCUGAGGGACCCUUGGAAGUGUCUGGAAUGACAGAGACCUCUUGCACAAUAAAAUGGAAUGCGCCUGAGAGCGAUGGAGGUACUCCCAUCAUCGACUACACUGUAGAACAGAAGGAGUCUUCAAAGAAAGCAUGGCAGAAGGUUGGAGUCACAAAAGAGUUGUACAUAAGCAUAUCCCAAAUGAAGAUGAACACAGAUUAUGACUUCAGGAUAACAGCUCGUAACAAAGUGGGUACUGGACCACCAUACUACAGUGAUGAGCCAAUCACAGCUGGAAAGAGAAUAACUCCACCGUCGGCACCAACAGACUUCAUGGUCACUGACAUCACAAGCAAGAGUGUAACGCUCAAGUGGGGACCACCUGAGAGUUCUGGUGGAACUGAACUGACAGGGUAUAUAAUUGAAAAACAAUCAAUAACCAGUAGUAGAUGGACAAGAGUUGUCACUCUGGAUGCAAGUGUUCUGCAAUACACCAUCGAGAAUCUGAAAGAGAAGUCAGAGUUCUACUUCAGGAUAUAUGCGGAGAACUCUAUAGGACUCAGCACUCCAGCAUCCACUGGAUUAGUUAGUCUUUCUACUCAUGCCACUGUUCCUUCACCACCAACGGCGCCGCUGGAGGUGCGAGUUGUGGCGUCGCACACGAUCAUGAUCGAGUGGGGCGUGCCGGAGUCAGACGGUGGCGCGCCGCUCGAAGGAUACAAGAUCGCCAUCCGCGACAUGAAGAAGACUAUGUGGAUGGAGGUCGGGCAAGUCAGGGCCGAUGUUCAGAAGCUCUCUGUCAAAGAUCUACAGGAGGGCCAUGAAUAUAUGAUAAGGAUAUUUGCUCGUAAUGAAGUUGGACUAAGUGAUCCCCUCGAGACAGAUGAGCCUUUCCUUGUUGUUAGACCAACAGGUAUGGAAGAAGACAUGGAUAUGGAAGAAAUGGGCUUGGACAAGGACACUCCAUCGAUCAGCUACAGCACAGAGACGACCACCUCGUGGAUGCGAGAGGCAGGAAUGGAUGCUGACAUCCACACCUACGCCAGAGGAUCUCUGUUGAGACGAAGUGAAUAUUUCUUCCGUGUUUGGUACUACGCAAAGCACUUGUUCAGAUAAUCAAAACAAGACUGAAUACUUUGUACUCUCCCGACCAUUCGCCAUCGCCAUGUUUCUAUUCCAUGCCAUUCUUCAUUGUUUUUAUAUUGUAUUUUACUAUUAUUCAUCCGCUGUCACAAUACGGUAUUGAAAUGUAAUUACAUUCACUUUUAUUAUUACGAAUCUAGUCAAAAAAUGACUGUAUGUAGUUUGUAUUAUAAUUUUAUUUAUAAUACUGUACAUUUCUUGAAGUAUAUUUAUAUAGUACAGAUGUGAAUGCCUUUUGUGUGGCAUCCACUUGAUUUUCUCGGACUUCCCUUUUUACCAGUUUUGAGAAUGUCCCGUUUUAUUCUUAUACCUGGUUUAUGAUGAGACUCUGUGAUACUAUUGUUGAGAUUUUAGUUGAUACCUAGAUGAAUUCUAUUGUUUUAUCUCUUGUAAAAACUUGAAUCGUUUGGAAGUGUGCGAAUUAUCCCAAAAAUCUACACACAUAACUUGGUGUUUAUAUCCUUGGAAACCUAUCAAAGAGUUUGAUCGAUUUUCAGUUGAACGUAAACACUAUGAAUAUUUAUUAUAUUUAUAUGACACAGUACCGCUGUGUAUUGUGUUGAUUGUUGACUAUGUUGAUUGUUGAUUUAUUGAACCGAGAUUGUAAAUCCCUUAAUAACAUAUUAUAUUCCCUCGUUAAGUGCAUUUUGCUGUUGAAUAAAAUUACUCAUACUUAUAACAUCACAGUCUUUAUUAGAUGAAAGAUAAUUGUACUCUGAGAUAUAUUCCUUCUGCAUCUGAGAGAGACAAAUAUAGGUGCAAAUUUCCAUCAUUAGGAAUGUACUGCUUAUUGUAUAAUUGUCUCUUCAAACUUAUAACACCUGUAAUAACAGUUAUCAAGAUUGUAAAAAUGAUUCAUUAUAUUAUUCAAUGCAAAAUAAAAUAUU